AUGAACAGUUCCCAGUCUGUCUGUCCCUCGCUCGCCGGUUGCUAUCUGCUGACCAAUCAGGACUUUCCUGUGGUUGAUUGGCCAGUGCGGUUUUGCGCAAGCCUGAAACAACGGAUCUAUCCCACCCUCUCCCGACGAAAGGCAUUGAAAUUGGCAGAGGCUGAUUCGAGCACCGGCCAAAGCUUUAAACAGGGCUGUCCUCUCUCAUCUUUCUCCUUCAUUCUGCCUCCCUUGUGUCCAUCACAUUCUGUUCAUUUCACGUGGUACGCUUAUUCGUAUCAACGCCGGAUUAUCACUAACCCCAACAGGAUCUAUCUGACCAGCAGGAUUUUCUAACACGGAAUGACAGCUUUUAUUUAGUGCUAAGCACCGCAGUGGUAAGACUUCCAUAUAAUGUUUUCCUGGAUUAUAUGCAGCUGGCUAAAUAAACUGAGUCCCUAUCCCAUCAGACAUUUUUCGAAAGUCAUAUUUCAUUUCCAGUCGGAUACCGGAAUAGCUUUAAGUGUUACUGAAAUUCUCCAUCAUUCCAAAGCGGAUGAGAAUGAGCUAGCAAUGGAUUGCGUCGUUUAAAAUCAUCUGUCCUUGGGUUGCACAAACUGCGGACUAUGCAAUUGGUGGGAAAACCUAACGUGCGAUUAGUUACAAAACAAGCAAAUGUCUUUACAAUGGAAAUAAAAUGAAAAUAAUAGGGUCAUAUGCAUUCUGUGUCUAGGGGAGUUAAAUCAUGAUUGUAAUCCGGUCACUUAUGUUUCUGGAACGUCAUCUUCGGGAAUUUUAGUGCUCUGAUCUGUAGCAAUGUAUACAUUUGUUAUAACUGGUAAGAUAUGCUACUCCGAACUUAAGACCCCUUUAAGGUCAACAUUUGAUUGAAAUAAAUUUUCUUGGAGCCAUAGUCUGCUCCUUAUGAUGUUGAGAUUAGCGGAAAUUUUCUUAUAAACGUAUUGCUGUUCAGUGUUACAUCUAAAAAACAAGAUUUCUGAAAAGACAGCACAUCGGUUCGUGGGAAUCUUCGCUAUUGUAAUGUGUUUAUGUCUGUUACACCAAAGUCCGAAAAAUACAAUUUAUAUUUUUCAUGGCAUACCACGGUCGGAUACGCAUGCAUAGGCAAUAUAAAAGACGGAAAACUUAUUGGGCUCGUAUUUCAGGAAUCGGAGCGGACAAAAUUUAAUUAAGCCAUUACUGUGGCACGGGUUUGUGGAAAAUCGAUAAAUGGGAGGUUAAUCAUUGGUUUCCACUGGAAAAGACACACCGUGAAUUGCUGGAUUUUAUAAUAUUGUUCUCGUAUAAUGGUCACAUGGAGACUGUAGAAAAAAAGGUCGGCCUUACGUGAGAAAAAGCGAAAACAGACAUUUGCACACACAGACUCGCAGAGGUCAAUACAACACUGAAACUACUGGCCACGAGUAUGAAUAUUCAAACGCCCUUAUACCUUGCCAUUCUUCGUUGACGUCCUCAAAACUGAUAAAAUCCGGCGGAAAGCCGACAUAAAAUCUAAUAAUUUUGUCAACUUUUUAGGAAACUAAAUUGUGUGUUUGCUAUUAACUUCGGUAAUUUUGACUAAAAUGACUGGUCCCCCAAGAUGUUACUUAGAAAUCCUACUGUUCCCCUGCUUUACCUGAUUGUGCAACAGCUUUGAAAUUAAGUUGUCUGGUAAAUCCGCGUCCUCCCGUCUGGGAUUCAAUGGAUUUGGGAUAGCGGCUAUGGACACAGAGGUGUGUGAAUCUACCUGGGUGCUUCUCACAACCACUCUCUACAGGGGAGUUCUGAUUUUGGAAAAAUGCGCCCUUUAUUUGGUAUUUAUACACUCCAUUAAUGGAAAUGAUACACAAUUUGCGAAGAGGACUCGUUCACUGGACCAAGAACUUUAUCUGCCGCAUGUUUCACAUCCACUAUCGAAUCCAUCGUCAGAAGCAAAGGCAGUUAGCCAUGGAGGACGAACAGACAGGUUCACAAUACGUAUAGUAUUCAGCCACUGUCCAACCACCCGCCUACUGUAAAUGGCAGCUCUCGAGUUAAUUACACGUGUUUCCAGCUGGAACAACAAGUUUUUGAUCUGCCACGCUAUGGAUCACUGUUACGAAUUCGGAAAUGGCGAUUGGCGUGAUUAUUACUCAAAAUGUUGUCUCCUCAGUACUGGGCCUGAGCAGCGUCUAACCAAAAGUGCACCGUACGGGUAGUUGCUCCGCCUAUGUAAAGUCAAAGGGCUGAAUGUGGGAAAUGAAGUCAUUGGUUGUGUCGGUGGAAUGCGAACCGAAGGAUCGAGAUUCAAAUAUCGCAGGACUCCCGCAGUUGUCCCUCCUAGAAGGGAUUUCAGUCUUCUCAGAUUCAAAUACUUACUCGAGUACUAUUAAAUGACCGCUGACCUCAUUUAUCCCUCCUACUGAUGUAUGUUUGGUCAUUGACGCCUGGAUUUACUAUCCUACUCCUUCAACACGUAUUUUGAAGGAGGCUCGGUUAACAAUUCAAGCCAAUCUGUGUCGUGGUAGCUGGCUUUAGACUCGUGUGCAAAUUUGAGCGGUUCUUGACUUACGUGAACGCUGGUUAAGGAUUUAGUCGUGUGUAGUUUCGUUUUCCGUAUUGUUGUUACAUGCGCCGACUGAUUUAUUAAAAGUGUUCGUCGAAAGUGCUCUUUUAAUCCCCACGAUAGGCUGCCUCAAGGCGCCAAUUCAGCGUUCUCAUGCAACUUUAUUUGUGAUUGUUUGUAUGGUUGCUGUUUAAGCUGAGCACAGCGUCAUAUCUGGUUAGUAGCUCACCUGAAUCAUUUCGACAGAUGAGGACACCAAGAAAGGCCUUCACACAUUUAUCUUUUUUUCGAAUGUCGGCAAAGGCGACGUUCAGAUACUUGUGACUGUCACUUUUCGAUGACGACGAAGGCAUCAUCCAUAUACCGAGCCCAUAAUGUAGGUAUACGGUCCCCGAAGACUUGUGGAUACAAAGCGUUUUAUGACCGCCUCGGCUGCGAAUCCAAAAUCGGCGAGCCCAUCGACAUGUAUUUCACCUGCUCGUAGAUUGUUCGUCGAGACUGUUCUCCCUUUCAUCUUAUGUGCUUUGUGGGAUUGAUAUGGUGGUAUUCACUACCCGGACCAGAAGGUCGGAGUACAGAGGGAAGUGACAUCAAAGGAUAGUAUCACCCUAUCUGACAAGAGAUUGAGCCCUAUAAGUUCCUUCUAGAAUUGGUUCCCAGGCCAAAAUUUGGGAGGAAGUUGAGGGAUAUUAUUAAACAAAGGAGUGCACUUUCCUUCUGCUCCUUGGGAAGGUCAAGGCCGUCCCUUGGACUCUCCCCAUGUGCGCGUCGAUCGGCAAUAUUGUGCCCGAGCUCUUUAUUGAUAACGAUUUCAUAUCUCCCUAGCAUAUCAGUGUCCAUAAAAUAUUUAAUUUGGAUACGACAUGGAAUCAUCGAUCAUCUUGAGUGUCCUUGCCCUUUGAAGAUUGUAUACUAUGUUCAGUAUCAUGACGCUUAUAGAAACCACCAAGUUUGUGUAUUGAGGACAGUUGGCGAUUUUGAAAAUGAAUCCUCUCAUGCCCAUAAUUACAAAACGCUGUUGAUGUUACUAACGCAGCUUGCUGGCUGCUUUUUGCAAAGUAUUUUUUGAAAUGGGACCCAGAAGAAGGCAGAGAGUAGUCAGUACGAUUCCAGAGAUGUGGAGGGGGGUUGACGCGCGUUGGGCAGCCGUAAAAUCUGCAAGAAUGCUGUAUCCUGAUGGCUAAUGUCGCUAACCUAAAAAACUGGCAACUGAUAGCUUCGUAGGAAGGCAUACUAGACAUCUAAGUAAUAACCCGUGUUCUACCAUAAGACUUCCGCAGACUUCGGCAUUGUUAAUGGUAUGAACAGAUAAACAGGACAGAUUAAGGUGCAAGUAAAUAUAAGUUACCCCGCUCGUUUUCUACCCUGCUCCUUUUUCUAAUCUGGGCAUGCCUAUUUGAAGAAGGUGGUCUCGGCUCUUAACAGCUAAACGAUGUUCGUGGAUGCGUGUGAAGCAGACUUUCCAGUUUGGCCACAAUAUACGGCACCGCAAGCUUAAGACAGGGCAACUUUUUUCUCCUCUCUCUCUCUUUGUAGAAGAAGGGUGUCAUUUACAAGAUCCCACGUGAAGCGUGCGAUGCCGUAUAUUGUGACCAAACUGGAAAUCUGCCUCCACACGCAUCCACAAGCAUCAGUUAGAUGUUCAGUUUCGAAACCGCCUAUCUUAAAUGACCAUACAUACAUCAGAUACUGUGCACACUUGUGCAUGGGACAAGGUACGCAUCGUCAUCGUUUGCCCUACCAAAAAAGGCAUAGUGCGAUGGAUUCGCAAAUGACCGAACACACCAGUGAAGCAAGUGCGGUAUCAUAACGGGCAGGAACGUUUGGCAGAUGCUAAGUUGGUUGCAAUGUUGAUACUGCUAGUGAUGAAGACGUAGGUGGAGCGGGAGUUGAUAAUGUUGGAGAUGGGGGAGUUGUCGCACCUGCAAGGUGCACUUGGCGUGUCAUCAUUGCGGUGACUUAUGUUGUCGUGGAUACGCACCUGAUCGAAUAGAACCAUGUGGCAGUUAAUUGUGCGUGGGCGGCGCGGACACUGAAGGCGGAGGCGCGAACGUAUGUCAGGGCUCCUAGCAGUGAUCCGCCAGUCUCUGCGCGAUCUAUUCAUAAGUGAACGACCAGGUCAGAGCAUUAUGUGGGGGCGCGAUUGCAAUGACGACGAGUUGGGAUCGAACCCGAAUUUCUGGUAGUGGGUGCUGUGACUGCGGCGGUUGUCGGUUUCUUACCGAUGACAGGAGCGGGAGAGAUCGUAGUUGUUGUCUUCGUAACCGUCGUCGUUGGGUUGUGGUAGGGAUGAUAGAGGUAGUGGCAGUCGACGACGACGACCUCGGCAUCGGCGGCGGCGACGACGUCUGGACAUCAGGAGUGUGAUCACCAGUGGUGUUGGUCGCCUUCGUAGAAGUUGGCGCAGGGACGAUGGUAGAGGCGUUCGGGUAGCAGGAAGAAUUCUCGGGUUGUUGUUGAAUUGAGUCCGAAGAUGCCCGACGAGGCUGAGCCGCUCACGGAAUGUUCGUUGACAGUGUGGACAUGUUAGAAUAGGAUUGGGUGUUGACGUUGUGGCUCGGAGGCGCUUAAGACUUGCGAGCCGUUCGUUUAGCCUUGCCAGCAGUAAUCUAGUCGGCUUCUAUUUGGCUGCUCUAGUUCUCGCUGCUUUUCUCCAGAUCAGUGAGUAAAAGACGAGAUCCCCCGGUCUCCGGGUUGCUUAGAAGUUGCGAGCCAGGUAUUCUCAGAGUAACCUUGUAACGGCAUUCUUUUCCUCCUUUUCAACGACAUGAUCGUUGAAGAGUCAUUUGCGUAGACGCUCGUCAUUCAUCCUCACGAGGAGGCCGCUCUAGCGCAGUUGCAUUUUCGUCAGCAUGGGGUCUGCUGGGGAUUCCGGUUCGCUCGAGGACAUCAGUGUCCGGAAUCCUGUCUAACCUUCUCAGUUUCAGUACUUUCCGAAGACAAUUAGUGUGGAAAUGACUGAGUUUCAUGACCCGAUAGACCUGAACGGUCUGUGUCUCUACCCUGUGCAGUAGCGUUGUCAGGACUACUGCCCUCUGCAUUUUUAGGUCGAAGUCCGCAACGAUUUCAGACGGAUGCCUGUAGCCAGCCGAAGAUUUUGCUGACUUUGGAGAUUCUCUGCGCAACUUUGCCGUCGAUUUUGAUGUGGCGUGAGAGUGUUCGGGAUAAAAGGCGGAUCUUUUCCACGGAUUUGAGUUGGGUGCUAUUGGCAGUGAUGAGGAGUCUUUGUAUUCAGCGUCUGGUGAGGGUUGGUGCAUGAUAACUUUUUUUACCCGUGUUGCCCGAAGUCUGCGCAGCGUUCGACGAAGAGAUUCAUGCUCGGUUACCCAUCCGGAUGAAGUCCGUAUUGGAGAUGGUCGUUAAGACGAUUGAGAAGAUUGCAAGGAAAUAUCUCCCCGGCAGUGUUGGGCAGCGAGAUUCACCUGUCGUUAGCACAGAGCUACUAGUUGCCUUUGCGGUUGAAGAGAUGGACGAUUGUCGCGUUCUCAAAACCUUAAGGAAAUUAUCCUUUGUGCCAUGUCUCUUGGAGCAACCUUGUAAGUUUGUCCAUUAGCCUGGAGCUGCCGUGCUACGGCAGGAAUUGCCUUAGGUCACAGUGCCUUCCCGCUGGAGGUUCGGUGACUGACUCGGAUGGUUUCUCUGAGGACAGGCGCGCGGCCAUGAGGGGGCAUUGGCUUUAACUUGGGGGAACCGAUCAAAGGCGGUGGCGGAGAUUACAGAUGGUGGUUGAGGACACGUCUGAAAUGUUUGACCCAGCACUUCAUAAUCUGGGAUUUCUCUGUGAGAAGUGUUUGUCCGUCGGAGCUGAGCAGCGGUGCCGUAUCUUUGGUGUAAGAGCCGUAGACUUCCGUGGUGGAAGUGAGUAAAUUUUAACCUAGACAGGAAACAAGGAGAUACUAUGGGCGCGUAUUAGGUCAUUGUCAAACUGCUGACUGUGCGUGAUAUGCCCACAGUGAACUUUGAAUACUUCGGUGAAUACAGCAGCAUAGCUUUCAUAAAAUGUAUAAGAGAAUUAAGGAUUAUUUCUUCUGAAAUGACAAAUUGAUUUGACGUGAUGGUAGACGUUGCACUUCUGAACCACGUCUGUUUCUCCUAUUAGAACAUAUAAUGGGUACUCGACCAACAUGCUAAAAAAUUGUCAAUGGAAAUAACGCGUUUCCGUAGCAUGCGGCUUUUGAAACUGCCAGUUAAGUCCCUUCUUUAAGCAAAGUAAAUUGCUUGUUUGUGCCCCGUAGUUAGAAUAAAGUGGUUUGAUUUUAUCAAUGACUGACAUUUCAGGCAAUUUCGUCACUGUCCAUAAUUGAACACUAGGAAUACAGAGAAUCUGGCACUUACGUCUAGGGUAGCGGAGUUGUUAAACCUACUUCUCAUGAAAACUUCACAGAUUGAUGAGAACUAACACAUCCGUUGACAACUAAGGUCCCGCUCGCUAUCUAACAGUUGCCUUACCGAUCCUUUUUAGCAGAAAAUCUUUUUUUCGAAGCAACAGAAUUGCGAGUAGCCAAGGCCUACGAAAUCUGUUGUUUUUUCGGAGAGGCCUCAAAAAAAAACAUUUUGACGACUGUUAUACACCGAUUUCAACCAACAUGACUUGAUCAGCGCUGCCCUGUCUACUUCCAGUGGAAAGGAAAGGCUGAUUUGCGUUGAGACAGGAGCAUCAGUUUAAUUGACAUUGGCAGAAAAGUACUGGCGUCCUUUUUCCCAGUCAUUUUCGAUCCGGUAGGACUUAGUGGAUAAGGCAAAUUAGGGCGAACUUCGUCUUGGCAGAUGGAUUCUCAAUCAGUGACUAUUUUAGACAAAAGCUUCGUUGUCGGGUUGUCUGUCUCAUUGUUUCGCCAAAAGCAUCAAGACUUGAAGCCUAGUUGCAUGUCCUAACAUCGUUUAAGCUUGAUUCUGGCAUGACACCAACGUGCAGAGUGAAAAAAACGACUACUUCGCUGUCAACGUUGGCGUCAGACGAGGUUGGUUUCCCGCAGCCGAAUUCUUCAAAUAUGUGAUUAAUUCGGGUCAGUUCACAACACUCCAUGAUUGUACCGUUAGGACCAGACUUCCAGUAUGCCAAUGGCAUCGUCGGAAUUGCGAAAUUUUCGUAAAACGUUAUCUGUUCUUUACCAAGUAAUCGUUAUCUUCUGAAAACUUGACUUUAACUGAGCGUUGAGGACAAAACGCGCUGCUCAGCUUUCCCUCACCGCAAACAGUGCAGUUCUCCAUGGCAAGUGGCCUGGGCCGUAGGUCAUUUUUUCAAUUUUCCGUUGCCUAGAAGUCAACAUAAAGAGGAGAUAAAUCGUCACGCACAAGUCGUAUGCAGCACGGUUUGCUGAGCCUGAUAAUGCUAGGUUGCCUCCGCGAGGUUCGUCAGAAGGCAACGAUUUAAGUUAGAGAGAUUACGACCAAACUUAUCCUGCUCAAUGGCUGCAAAAGGUGCCUGCUACGCUUUGCCGAGGUUUCCGGCUAGUUUUGCUUCCGGGUAACACUUCGAAAUGCCGCUAAGAUGUGAACUUUCACCGCCAACCGGCGACACGUCUGGUGAAGUAGCAAAGGACUGCUGUCUCAGACGGUUUGGUCACGCAAUCUGCAAACCUGUAAAGGAACUGGCCCGCGAUAUAGACUAUUCGAAUCCCCGUUUGAGUAUUAAAACCGCGAUAGCGAUGGCUACCCGAAAAUGUGUAAAGAUAUGGUUAUAUCAACCACAACCAUGACGUUGGUCUUAAUAUUUUACGUUCUGAACGAUCGCAGGACAUGAGUCACAUCAGUUCGUAAGGCUGUAGACUCAUCUGUCAGCACAAUCAACAGCUCUGUGAGGUUGUAGUGACAUAAAAAGCAUUUUGUUUUAAUGUGCCAAAAAAUACGACCUGUAAAAACUUUGACACAGCACUCAAUAACAAUUUAUUGUCAGGUUGCAUUCUGGUGGUUACUUUUUUCUUAUAAUUCUAUUCGCGUAUAUAACCGUGUAUACUUAACCUUUGGCUCCAAACAUAGGCUAAUUUAUUUCUCACAAGAUCAAGCAAUUAACAGCUAUUUGUUUUCACGCUUAGUAAAUAAACCUGCAAGAUGGUGGAUUGGCAUCGCCUAUGCUUAGUCGGUCCUGCAUAUACUGUUGUCCCCCUCUUCGUGGUCAAUGUUUGUGGGUACAGAUGCGUUGUAGAUUGUCGGGGUUGUUGCUGCACUCACAUCCUCAGGAGUGCAGGCCUCCGGAUUCAAGCAAUGACGCAAAACGCGACUAGUUCGAGGGAGGUUUUCAUCACGAUCGAUCGGUUUUAAUUUUGAGAAACCGGCAUCCAGUGUUUGUAGUUCUGUUCAGAUAAGGAUUUGAACGAGAAUAGUCCCGUCAUCGGAAUAUAGGUCUUAGAAUUUUUCUUUAGAAUGUGUUCCACUUGGCUAUCGGCCUUUGCCUUCUCUACCGCCAGUCGGUGUUUGAGUGUUUGGGUUUUUAAUUUUCGGCCGGUCUAUGCAGUGUUGUAAUACACUCACCUUUGCACUAGACUACGGUUUACUGCAUAACUCCCCAAAUUCAUCAGAGUUCGUAGGCUGAAGCAAACGAUAACGAAGUGCAGCUAGCGAUUUGUAGGUAACGUCCUUUGCCAGAGGUAGGAUAGUCAGGGGACCACAUCGGAGGAAAUAUCAGGUCGUCGCUCAAGCUAGCAUUUUACUACUUCCUGUGUUUGGAUCUCUAGAGAAACUUGGAUGGGUUAUAAAUAGAGACUGUAAUGGAUGAAAUCGACAAUUAGGAUGAGAUAGAUGUCGCGUAAAAAACGCGAAGUGAUCUGGACAAAGACGAUCUGCCGAUGACGUUUCAAAAACAUCAAAAAGCUUAUUUACCUUGAAAGUAAUGUAUAGUAUCAACUUGGCGAUUUGAUCUGAGGCUCCUCUACUCCAUUUAUCCAGAGCAAUUUUCAACAGUUAAGCAAGUACGUCUACAAAACGGGGUCAGCACUGAAGGACAUCACAAGCUAACACAGAUUUACAAUUCCACCGUUUAGCAAAGACUUACCGCAGUUCGGCCGGACUAUGUUCCAACCGCUGAAAAAUUCAAAAUUGGAAGAUCGAAAACGUUCACAACAAUACCCAGUCAUAAGCUAAUCACCCUGUCCCCUAAUUUUUUAUCUGCGAUUUUGAUGCGGGAUGCAGAUCGUGGAUAAUGCCGACAUGCAUUAUUAAUUUCAAAUGUGGACUUCUGACCGUUGAAAGUAAACGAGACAUGCUUUGGCAAGCAAAUGCAAUAUCUCCCCAAAAACCGUUUUUCCUCCGGUUCCGUAUAUUAUUCACUUAUAUUAAAUGAUUCCCUGAAAUAUUUAAAUUCCGAUGCCUGCCGACAGGAGAGGCCACCCAACCAUACCGUUUAGUCAGAACUUCCGACCGGGGUGCAUUCUAUCUACGCAUGUAGGGACCGCCAGUAUUCAGUUUAAAUAAAUCAUAUCUUUCAUGUAUGAUUGUAAAUCUGGUAAGAAUGACAUAUAUAGCUCCUCAAACAGAAUACGAGAAUUGGAACGCCCCGCACAAAUAAUGACAUUAAACCUGCGCAUCAUUCCGGAAAGAGCACAAUAUUCCCGUGCCCCAAUAUAAAACUAAACCGUUACUUUCAUCUUAGCUUUAACCCUACCCUAGGCCUUGUCUCUAAAGUUAACACUAGGUCUUAUUUUAGCCCUAAUCUUGAUCCUGCUUUACCUUACCGUUGGUUUAAUUCUAGCCUAAAAACUUUGUCAUUGCCUAAACCGUAACCCUAACCUUAUAACUUGCCCGAACUUCACUGGAAGUUGGCUAAAGUCACCCGCAUUACAAUCUUCUUCUCUUCUCGUGUACCGCUUUGGGAACCUUAUUUUAGGGAUUCUAGGAUUACCUCUACAAAGAAUACAGAAAAUAUGACGUCUUAAACGAGUUGACACACAGGAUAUAAAUGCGUUUUCAUGUGAUAACUAAGCCGACUACCGACAUGAUGUGUAAAGUUUUAAUUGCUCAUCGUGUUCUCCGCUAAAUGGUUGUCUACUCCGAUGUUAAUUUUCCAUACCCCAAUAUGUCCAGGUCUUUGAUUUCGGCCAAUCUUCCAGAACCAUCGAUUUUGCCGUUCGCAGGCAUAUGAAUUCCCGCAUUUGUUAAGUGUUUUCUGAUAAAACCAAACCUUUAAUGAGUUUGUUUCCAGCUGAAGGACGUAGGCGUUUAAGUUCAUAUUUCCUUUGCCAAGCCUCAGUUUGUCUAUAUUUACCAGUUCAAAUUUGCUAGUUGUACCUUAGCAUCUACGAUACUCUCGUGACGACUCGACUGUCUUUGAAACUGAUACGAUUAAUCCUACGAUCAGGGUAGGUGGACUGAACUCAACGACCAUGGUUUUAUAUUCUAGACGUUCCUCAUUCCCACCUAACACUUUUCAUAAGAAAACCAAGAAUGCAUGCACAUCACGACAGUUCGACUGCCGUUUCCGACCAUGUCCAGCAGGACUGGCAAAGGGACGGUGACUUUUGUGUGAAUUAGUUUAUGGUGAUAGUUAGCGUGCGCUUGAUCUACCGCGUUAUCUCCUCACCCACUCACCUGCACCCGGUGUCAAGACAGAAUCAAGGGGACCGUUGAGGGGGGUCGGGCGCAGGUGACUGGCGCGGCGUAACCCAGCAUCCAGGCGAGCCACCACAACCCCUGUGUAGGACAUUUAUCUUGGGUGCGAAGUGCGACGACGCGUGCCGCGCCCUGAUCGGGUCUCCGUUUCGGGUGAGCGCAACUUCCGUGCGGCCCAUUUUAGGGGGCGCAUGCACAUGAUACACAGAUAGUCUGCGAGUGAGGUCAAACAAAGUACUUCAGCAGCAGGAUUAAGCCUUUUUCAGGAUCGAUUGGGGCAGAUUCGUGGUGUCCUACCUGUCCGAUCUGCAGCUCGAUGACCUCGCAGGCGGGGUGUGACCUGCGGGAGUCAGAUAUCUGAAGUAUGCGACCGCUGUGCUGUAAAAAUUGUAGACUAAUAAAAAAAACCACGGAAAAAUGCGCACGUUCGAAAAAUCAUUUUUUUACUUUACUACAGCAAUUUAGCGGUUGAGACCCACUUCGUCACCCGGAUCUUAGGACACGGAAAAAGCUCAUGAACCAGUUAGCAUACCCAUAAACCUCCUUAAUUUUUCUUAAACAAAUGGGUGCUGAGUAGUCAGGUGUUGUUUGUGCACGUGAAAAUUAAACGGCUUCCGCCUACAUACUGACCAUCUACUCAUCCUUGAAGUAUGCUUUCGCCGUAAUCCAUCUAGUACCAUAAUGAAUUGAAAAGCUGCCCAGACAGGUUUCUGUGCGGCGAAAAGUGCAUGUCUAUGUUGCCGGCGAAAGAAUGUCUCUUUACAUCCUACGCAUCAGAGUCUGAUCAGAUCUAUCCAAUAGUAUCUGCAUCUCAGACAGGUCGAUUUAUUCAUUUGUCGGCCAGAUUGCUCGUCAAGCCUAUAAGCAUGCAUGCUUCUGCGAGUUCCCAAUUAUGGACUAUGCCUAGGAGUUAAGAAAGAGCGGCGUGGAUUAUUUUUAUCCGAGUUAAGAAUUUCGUGCAUGCAUGAGACUCAGUAAGUUACUGACCGAUUUGUAAUAUAGACAUUAAGACGUCGAGAGUGUGUAGGUGACGAAAAAAUGAAGUGCCGGACUUCUAGUAUUUGUGGUCUUUCAGUCCAAUGCACAAGGAUAAGCCCAACUGUCAGGCUGAAGAAGAGGUUUCUGCCUUCAUAGACAAAUCCGUGUAGUUAAAAAUGCCUUUCGAGCUACUGUGCAUUAAGGAGGGUUUGGAAAAGCAGACGGGCACCCUGACAAUUGGUGUUUCUUUUAAAACAGGCAAUUCCAGCCACUGGAUGUUUUCAAAAUCCAAACAUUUAGGCUUGUAAAAUAAUUGUUUUGCCAGCAGGACGAAAUGAAAUUAGGUGACCUGGAAUUUGGACUGGACUGUUUUGCUCAUAAGGCUGCAUCACUCCAGGGGUUUCUUUUUUUACGUCGCCCUGGCUGACUACGAGAAAUGUGCCAGCAAAGGAUACUGCAGUUUUUCGUAUCAUUUUGGAACACUUCGUGGUAAGAAGUCCUUUCUUUUCCUCACUCAUCCUUCUCAUAGUAAAAGUGACGGAAUUACAUUUUUGCCUACUUGCAGUGCAAAUGAGACCGCAUUGCUUAGCGUCCAAUGUAAGACACCGUUAGCAUUUCAGAACAAUUCGGGAAAUACAGCGAGUGACCGAUCUGAUGAAACGCGUUUCCCAUUAGGAUCACAUAGGUGGGGUUGUAACAGUGAUGAUCAUGCGGCCGAAUUCUAUAGAAUUUUGGACUUGCCGAGCUGUUGGUGUUAAAAUGCACUUCUUUUCGACCUCCAGUAAAUACAGCACUUGGCAAGAAAUGGCUACUUACUCAGUAUGCAUUUUCAUAUCUAUUUUCGAUAGCCAUAUAAAUUCAAAAAAUAUUUUAUAGCAAACAUGCACAAAAUAUGCUUUUUACCCAUUUAAUAGCAAACAACGUAAUUUUCGCAUUGUAUACUCGAAGAAAGAGUACCCUUCGGUUUUUAAAGUAGUUUCUAUACAUAGGAUUUUUAAAACCAUGCAAUUUUUGUUCAUACAGCGUGAUAUAUGUCAUGAAGUAUGCAACGUACACUGCAUAUCAUUUUCUUAAGGACGCAGAGGAAUAUGUGACUCUUCCUACGCGGAAAGUACGCAAUUUGUAGACUGAAACACUAAACGCUGGUGCAACAGCUGAUCUUGCUAAGGAUUUUUCGGGUAUUGGAAGACUGUUUAAAAAUCUAAAUAUAUCCUUUCUUCGAAUAGAAAAUGCAAAGACGACGUGCCUUGCUAUCAAAUGAGCAAAAAGGCAUACUUUUGGGCGUGUUUUCUACAAAAUAGAUUAGCAUUUGUAAGGCCAUCGAAAAUCAAUGUAAGAAUGCAUACCAAUUAAGUAGCUAAUUUUACGGACUUUAGUUUUUGCAGGAGGUUGGAAAGAAGUACAUUCGAAUGCCGAUACCCCGGCGAAUCGAAAAUGCUAUAGAAUUAGUCCGCAUGAUAAUCACUAUUAAGACCCUACCUAUGUAAUCCUUCUUAAUCAAAAAUGCGAUUCGUGAUUUCGGCUAACAUUUCAUGGGAUCGGUCUCUGCCUGUAUUAUUGACGUUUGAAAUUAAUAUACAGUCCUUUCUGCUCAGUCUGUGCUAACUAUCGCAGUCGGUUUGAGCGUCAACCAAUGCAUAACUGAAAUGUGUUGAUGGACCCUUGUACUUUCAAAAAUGAUUACUUAGAUAAACAGAGGUAAUGCGCGAAGUAUUUUUUUAGUCGUCGUGGCCGCCUAACUUGGCGAGUCUGGCUGACUAAAAGAGAAGACGACCAAUACGCUGCGACACGGAAUCCUGGAUAAGAUACGGAGCUAAUCAUGCAAUCGGGGAAACUAUGCUCUCCGUGACAUGUUGAGUUUGCAGGCGUCAAUUUAGGCUUGUGGACGUGUGGUAAAGUUUUCAGUAUUCCCAAAUACUCACCUAAAAAUCACAUUAAGAAUCACCCCUUGCCUGUCAUCUGGAAGUAAACGUUGAUAGAAGGUAUCUGUGGGAUUAGACAUAGUGCACGCAGCGAAUUGCUGUUUUUUGGUGAAAUACCCGCUUCUGAUGGCGCGGUCACCACUGAUUCUAUAUUCACAAGGGCCGACUGAGGAUAUCUGUGUCAGCGUUCAGAACCGUCCACUCCGAUUGCGACUAAAAUCGUUUUGCCGGAAAGAGUUCUUGCUUCACAACCAAAUCACCAAAUGUUUAACGUAGUAAUCUCAUUUGUCUUGAUUAAGCAAUGUCAAGGAAAUGGUUUUGGCUUCUCAUAAGGUAGUUAACAUUUGACUUCGCAGUAAAUAUACUUUGCAGUCGUGAGUCUGGUGUAGAGUCUUUAUCUAUUCUUAGCGUUUUGUGAUGCCCGAAUAACGAUACAGUUAAUAAAUAUCGACAUUAAAAUAAUGAACGAAAAAUGCGGUCAAGAAAAGGGGGAGGGAAUGAAACGCCAAAAUUCUAUUCAUCGUUAAGGGAAUUGUGAGCACCGGGAAAGAUAACUAUAUCCGGUGGCUUUGAACUAUGGCAACUGUCGGACCUAUAUGAAGUUCUUUUGUGCGCAUAAUUCGCGUAGUCUGAUUGUAGCCGCAUCUGCCGUAGCAUUCACGCGCUGCCCAAGUAGUUUUGGACAGCUUGACGGAAUCUUGUAAAUUACUCUGAAGGCCUCUCUGACGUCCACACGGUGGUCUGUGUCUACCAUGUGCGCGAGGGAAUAGCUCUUAAGGUUCUUUACUUGACCCUUUCCUAACCAUGCUGGAAUAUGUUUCCUUAUUCUUUUGGACAAACUCAGACUCGUACGACUAAUAUAUUCUGCCCCACAGGAGCAGGUGAAGGAGUAAAUGCAUAUAGAGGUGGUCUGAGCUGGUAGUUUAACCUUUCCCUCUCUAUAGGGGAUGGGGCUAGUGGAGAACAGUACACGAGUAUCAGCUGCUGUAAAGGCGUCUUCCUAAAAAUUCACUCGCAGUGCCCCCAUGAAAUGGGAUUCUAAUGACAAACCUUUUUCUAUCCUGCCGUUAGCAUCGGGGACUUUGGUUGUCUUUCGGCCAUGUUUUAGCAAUGAAUCGAUCAGGGCAGCCAUUAUGGCGAGAGAGACUUUCUGCAAUCUUAACUUCUCUCAAUGCUAUCAGCUGGGCAGAUCCCUAUAACCAUUUGUCUUAACCAGCGAACUAAAUUACGUUCCAAUUUUAACGGCACAAAGCCCCGAACAAUGGUGUAUUCCCGGAUCACGUUUUAUUGCGACAGACGCUACGUCAAAUGCCACCAGCAGACUUUCACAGAGGCACGUCGAGAAUGGGAAGCGAACCGGACUGUACUUUCAGCUUGAAUUUGGCCGAUGGGUAGACCGGAUUUAUAUCAUCCAAUAAAAGUGAGACGUCAUUUACUCUUGGUGCAACUACGAAUAUAGCAUCCACGUAGCACCAAUAGUAUCUCAGACCGUUGGUGUGGUGACAGAGUUAGAGAGCUCCUGCGUUCCCCGUGAAUAUAUUAGCCAAAAGUGGGCCAUGUGGCGAGCCUAUAGCUGCUCUCUCCCUCCAUCUACGCAGAUUGUUGUCAAAUAAGAACUGCUCGGUCAAGGUAAAAUUCUUUGAGGACAUUCACCGACAUUCAUAUAUCCUGCUCAUUGGAGGCAAUAAAUUCACAGAGGUGAUUGAGGGUUAUCGUGACCUGUACGUUCGUAGAAAGGUACAUCUAGCGAGAACAUUAUCAUUCAGUUCAGGUCGAGGUCUUUCACGCCGUUAACGAAAUUAUAGGUAUCCCGAUAGCUAUGUGGCGCUAGCUGAUGCAGCGGGGACUUAAGUUUCUUCGCUAGCUAAUUUGUAAUUGCAUGGUACAGUGAGUUUUUCAUAUCGAAGUUUGAACUAACCGGUGUGCCAUCCUUACAAAUCUUCGGAAAACCGUGUAGCGGAGAUAUAUGCCUGCUGACGGGUCGGAGACGCUCAACAUCUUGUUUGCCUAUGAAACCAUCUGCUUGGCGUUUUUCAAACAGUUGUGCCUCAACCUCAUCUGUACGAUUUUUCUUCUGUUCUGUCUUUCUGAACGUUCCCUGAUUCGACAGAAUUAACCGUAUUUCAUCAUGUUACCUACCCUGUCCAUCUAAACAGCACUAGCUCCCUUAUCUGGCCCAGUUUUCAAAAUAUUUUUGUUCUGCCAGAGUCGCUUUCAUUUCUUUAUACGUGACUUCGUCAUCAAGCCUCGACCUUUCCCACUACUGUUCGGGUGUUGAUGAGAGCAGUUGACUAACGAGGUCUGAAGACGUUGUUUUCUCUGGCUGAAGGUAGUGUGUUUGAUUCAGGAAAUCCUUAAACUGCAGUUAAAGGGCUUAUGGCGGUGACAGCAAAACGUAAGGCUUCGAUCGAAGUUUUAUCUAAAGAUAUAGAUGAAUAACUGUGUGCGUAACGACUUGGAUCCUCCGGAAUCUUUGACUGUAAUCUGCUUUCGUGGACACUUCGGAGGAAGGAAGCUAUCUUAAUUCCUCUACGUUUUUUCGCAAUAAACUGCACAGAAUUCUCAAAUUGCUGUCCCUCGUCUUCGUCCAGUUGAUCGGGUACGGCUGCCCUAAUUUUAUCGAAAACAGCCGUAUGCUCGUUAAAUUGUCUUCUGAGUUUUUAAAUGGAAAUUUUCGCAACUCUAGAACAGAUCUUCGGUUGCUUUAGCCAUCUUAAAGUCUUCAUAGUACGCAAAAACAAAAUGUCCUGCAUACGAACUGGCUGAAAUAAUUAUAUAUCGAUCAGUUCCCGAAAAGUUCUAAAACAUCUUCAUAAGUACAUAGUAUGUUUUAACCCCUAAUACUCACUUAAAAAUUAGGUGCGCUUCCUGGCGCCUUCAGACAAAAGUCAAAAGCUACCGUUAUGCCAUUUGUUGCCAACUUUAACUGUUAACUCAAACGGGCACGCUGUUCUGCGACUCGUCCGCGUUAGAGCCGCGGUUACAAAACCUAUCUGCGCAGAUUCCGCCCACCGGCGCACAUCCCGCCGUCUGACACUUGUUUGCAAACACCGGGUGCAGUUGGCUGGAGGAGGGUUUAACGCAUGCUGCACAACACCACUCGUCCCGCGGAAGGAAAAAGUAGCAGUCAUCACAAACUAUGAGCCUAGAAACAUCCACGUGACGUACUUAGACACAAAGGAACAUAUUUGUACUUGCGUAGGCAGAUUUUCAUCACCCCCUCCCCAAACUCCUGUCCUCUGCCGUCCACCCAAGACACCGGCAGUUUCGUGUGGGCGACGCUGCACGCGUGCGUGGGUGGGCCAUAAAACUGAGGAUUUCCUCGAAAACGAAAGCUCCCACCACCACCUCCGCCCCCGCCCCCCCCCCUCACCUUCCAAGACGGCGCACAGAAGUAACAGUGACAUUUGAGCCAACAGGAUCGCUUCCUGACAUUGAGAACUCAGGCGCACUUAAAAAGCGCUGCUCGCAGUAUCAAAUUUUCGACUCCUUUUUGGACUUUGCCUUAAAUAGGCCGAAUUAAUUAGAGCAAGAGGACGCUUUGAUGGCUGUUGCCGAGCCGAUUCCAAUAUUUAACUAGGGUAAAAUAUUAUGCAUUUCGCACAACGCGCCGAUUACUAUUUUAUGAGCCAUUUUGGCGACCGAACAAAUCCUGCGUCUAUGACUUUGCAAAAUCCCCUGAUGACGACGAGGGGUGUAUGAAUUAUAACUGUAAAUUCCCAUGUGAGAAUGACAGUGAAGCCUGCAGUUGGUGUUCCGCUUUUUACUAGGCGAGGUAAACCUGCAUGUGGGAUUGUUUAUUUUCAGUCUUUUACGCCAGUGCAGGACUUUUAGGACAACACACUUUUGGAGGAGCUCCCGGCAAUGGCAAGGGAUGAUGAUAACAACCAAUUCUGGCCUAUACGCAUCAGCGGCCAACCACACUGCAAGAGAGGGCGCCCCUAAUCAGUCUGUCGUCGAACAUUUUUUUACGUUAAAUGUUCUUCCACGUGAGUUGCGGGCCUAUAAUUAAUGCCGGUAAAAGCGGCAAUACAGGCGAGAUUAAAGCUGAGUGAAAAGUAGGAGUAGAAGGGGCAGGGAGGCGCCAAUAAGACAAGCAAGGCGACGAAGGAACGGGGGGAGGGGAAGAAGGCCAUAUCAUCAACAAAAAUAUUGCAGGACCGUUAUUUAAAGGUUCGCCGUGUCACAUGGCGAGGCAGUCAGCUCACAUUUGGAUUGUGACAAUUACAUAGCUCGGACGAACGUUUUUCGCGCUCUUCGGCAACUGUCUCCACUGUCGAGCGUGUGCAGUGUUACGGGAGCUGCAAUCAGUUAGCUAGCUUUCGGCUUUCUCAGUAACCACUCGUUGUCUAAUGUCAAUUUAUUAAAUCAAGAUAGCGCUCGAGAUAGUCAUGCCUUGAUAUAUGUAUAGGCCUGAAAAUAAAAGAUGAAAAACUUUCACUUGUCCUUUCUAACGGUCCCAAAACGGUCUGUAGGAAGAAGCCACUUUACAACAGGUAAAGAAAAAUAGCAAACUCCCACGGUGCGCAAAAGCGGUGAAAUAUUUUUAGCCGGGGCCGAUUCCCCCAAAGUCAACUUUCUCAAACAUGUCCAACUUUAACUGGGAAUCAUGGACUGAGUUGGGUAGCCCAUUCACUGCUGUCAAUAAAAAGUAACAGUCGGCAAAAGUUCCUUUAGCCUGAAGUUAGGAAUUUAACAGUGCACUAAAUUAGUAUGAGAAGAAACGGAAAGGAAUUUAGCAAACACACAUGGUUGUGGCAAAGAAGCAUGCAGUAAACCAGUAAUAAAAAUGGAACCGAAAACCCAUUGGUUAAGCCUGAUCUGUGUCCUAUCUGCGUUGAUAAGAGUACGGGGUUACCUGUAACGUUUCUUGUCGCCGGCAUCGCUAGCCCUUACAUUGCCUCCCUGACGAUCUGUGAGGUCUGCCAGUUAACGAUAACUCUAUAAUAUUUCUUCUGUCACCUGGGUCCUCUCGGGAAGAUCGCGAAGGGCGAAUGUUUGCCUGUUUUGCUUUAUAGGUUAAAAAAGCUCCGAAUAAGAUUAUGGAAGUCAUUUAAAAAACGACCUUUUACCAGGCUGCAGGGAGAACAUAUAAUAAUAACUGUACGGCUCGUUUUCUUUAUAACUCAGACCAGGGAGGGCCUGCACUUUAUAUUCGGCAAGAGGGGAUAUUGAUCAGUUCUCAGGCCUGACAUAAGUCGCAAACUCGGGGAUCGCCUGUUCAACUGUAUUGCAGCUAACCUUGUUCGGUCGUCCGAAUUACCCAUUUUGGCAGUCCUUUAACAAAUGGCCUAAUAGUAUUAACAGUUCAGAAGAGGAUGCGAUCGCUGGAGCAAAAGAAUUACUAGUCUAGUGUUUCCUUCAUUGGUCGUUGUCGCGGCUUUUCGAAACCACAGGCCAAAAUUCUGGACUCAGCAUGUGAUUGAUACCUUCCUCAUCGGACAGGAUUAGGUGCUGACAUUCAUAAAACAUCUCAAUGUCUUCCCGGACAUAAGAUUUACGAUGGAGGAGGAAGACAAAAAUCAGCUAGCCUUCCAUGAUGUUUUCAUCUGCUGCAAAGACAGUUGUGACAAGAAAACCAAAGUGCGACAAAUACGAUGCAACCACACAAUCAGCCACAAACGCAGUUGCGUAAGGACGCCUUACCGGCAUAUUGAAAAGCAUUGAAAUGGAUCAGAAAACAAGGUUGCUGGAUUAACAUAUUUCCAACAGGUGCUUUGAACGAAUGAGCACUCACGACGGGUACAAGCCCAAGACGGGACGGGAAACCCAAUCAAACCGGCCCCAACUUUGGGGUAACGCCCCUGCACGUGAUAAACGCCUCGCAGGCCGUCAACCGUCUGCUCACAUUACUUGGAGGUGGAAAUGCACACAGACCGGAAGCACCUAUCCGGUACCAAGUUAUGAGACCAAAAUACCCACUGUGACGACGGGGUCCGUUUCAGUUGCUGAUAAAGCAACUACGUAGGAGAACAUGGGAGAUUACUCUGGACAUGCAGCAGCAGUGAGGAGGAAUGACGCUAGCUCUCAAGUCUCGGUUCAUUCUAUGGGCCCCGGCCGCACCUCCAUGUUCGACGAGGUAACAAUUCUCGCGUGGAGGAGGAUAAGCGCGUGAGCUGCGGGUUACUUGAGUCAUGGUUCUCCGGACAAUAGUCGAUCAACAAGCAUAAUAAUCUCCCGCCCCCAAAUUUUAUGCCGAGACUUUGCCUAGGCAGAGUAAUUAGCCAUGAAAGAAGUGGGGGCGAUCGACGGUUACUGUAACAGUGAUCCAAAUUGCCGAUACAAGUGAUCCAAAUGUUUGAGUCAUUGUCACGCCGAAUGCCCACAACAGUGACUGAAAUGCGGCAAUUAACGACUCGGGUGCGGACCAGCAAGCAAUCAUCGCAUCAAAUACCACCACAGCGAUGACUGCGAGAGCAGUUAAUUAUAGUAGACAUGCGGGUUGCGCAGCCAUUGAGCCCAAUAAAUACUGCACUCCUUGUGCCUCCAGCAUCCUUAUCUGCGACCUUCCCUGAUGAUGCAGUCGGGCCAAUAAAGCUCUUUUUCCAACGACGAAUCUUCCUCUGAACUGGUUCCUAGAACGCACCACUUCACUUCUAUCGGCAGUAUAAUUAAUUAAAGCCUAAGUAACAUAUCAAUAAUUUGUUCCAGAGUAAAAUUAAAAAAGUAUGUGAAAGUGUGCUCUAUCAAGUCAUCCCCCCCUCAAAAAAACCGUGACGCGGUAUAUGAGCUGGACCAACAUGGGGGGUAGGCCGAAGUCCGACAGGUAUUAUUGGAAAUGUUCACACAACAUAUACCAACAUUUGGGGUGUGGUAGGACGCGCAUAUGCGGACUCACGCCGCAGCCACUGCGGUCCGAGCCACCCUCAUGUUUGAUGUUGUUUAAACUCCUGGUCAAGUGUUUGUUGUGGACCAGGGGGUGUGGUGUUACACAUAAGCGCGGGUUUACGUCGUGCCAGCAACUUACGGCCUCUCCCGCCUUGCUCAUGACACCGGAUACAGGUGGAAGAGGAGGAGAGAGUGCGCUGGAUGCAUCGAAAUCCUACUUUCACCAUAAACUAACUCACGCGCAAGUCACCGCCUCCGCUUUCACCCUACUGUGGAGCGCAUGGUGGACGUCGUCGGAAUCGACGGUCGAAUUGUGUGUAUGUAUCGAGUCACCUGAAGUCGCCAUACCUUUGAAAUUGAUUGUGACUGAUCGUUAGAUCUAACCGACGGUCGCAUGUGUAUGUGAUUCGCGUUAAGCAGUGGCUCUAAGUCUCGGUAAGUACUGUCCGCAUACCCACGUCUAGUCCGGAAGACAAAGGUUUGUCCCUGAUUCAUGGUGAGCGAGAGUGCUAAAAGAGAGUUUGAACAAAGAGUCGUAUAACUGAUAAAUUACUUACUGUAAUCUGGCCUACGGUAGGACUCGCAAAUAGUUGUUAUCUUCGUAUUGUAUCUUCGUGUUGCGCAAAAUCCUAGGGGAUACCUAUUCCCGUGCUUUAAUUUUAUCCCCAAAUCCCCAACCCCCCAAUCCUCUUAACACUAGCCCUAGUCUUAACCUGCCUAGUCCCAAAGCUAACCCCAGGAAUUUAUCGCAGGACUGCUUGUAAUACGGGUCCUUAUUACCAUGCCUAUCCUAGCCUGCCUUUAAAUAAUGCUUAAGAGCCAUGACUUGGAAGGUCAGCAACUGACGGGCUGAGUCGGUUCCUCUCCUGGCUGCUGGCCAAGUUGCGCUGAUUCCGCCCUAAUGAGGAUGUUAUGUCACGCUUUCUAAUGGAAUCCGUAACGCCUUAUUGUGACUGUUUUAUGUGAAUUAUGAGCCGGAAAGUGUGAUAAGUACAAAUGAGCCUUGAAUGUUAUCAGUCAGUGCAUCGGCGCCCAACUGCGGUCGUAUCCGUUCUGUCAUGACGUCGGAAAUUCCUAAAUGGGAAGAGGGUGAGUUAGGUGUCGAGUGCGUCUGCAUCAUUUCAGCAGAUUAACGUACAAUCUACUUGUUUACAACUACCUUACAACCUGUGAAGGACGACGAACCGCCGGGACUCUUCCAUAUCAAUAAAUCGCAGAUGGUGUUUCAAGUCAGAUGCGCACAGCUGAAAAUGUUAGCCCCCACUAAUUCCUGUCUAAAAAUUUAAAUCUAAAAUGAACACGAUUUCCGGGAGACGGUCCUUCAAAAUGCACCUUUGUCAAUUCCUCAUUGUUAAAUAAUUAUGUGAGUAAAAUGAUGGAGAGUUUUACAGCACGUUCCAACUAGUCGAACCAGAUUACACCAAGACAUCGCGGUAAGAUUAGACGAUCACCAUAACUAUCUAGUGUGUUUGCAAGAUUUAAGACACACUAACUCUUAAUGUCAGAUGGACAACACGAGAGUCUUGGUCAAAAAUGCAUAUGAUGCAGGAAUGGGAACCCCAUAAUACAGGUUACCUCGGGCUAUUUUCAGGAAGGGUACCUAUCCCUACCCUAACCCAAAUCGUAACCAUAACCUUGACUUUAACCCUAGUCUCCUGGGAAUUUGACUCUAGAUCACUCGGUUUACGGAGUGAUUCCUACUCCAGUGUCGUACCCAAAAAAUGGCUAUUUACUGAAAAACCGAUACCUGAAUAUAUAGAGUUGCAAUUAAUGAUCCUCAGCAUUCAUGGGACAGGCUACGUGGGUAAUAUCCCUGAUUAUUUAUGCCAUGCGCCAGCCUACGUGGACUCUAGGUCACAUCUACUUUAAAUCAGUGAAUAAACUUUUUACAUGGGUUUGCGUAUAUUCGGUCUCAGCCAACAGCAGGUGAGUCCGCUAGCUCGACUGAUAGAGGCGUUUAAUUUGAAUAACUAAUGAGCAUCUGAAUAAUGAUAACUAAUAAUUCUGGCGUUGCCCUUCCAGUUUUUUAGUCUUUGUCGGCGACAUUCCUAAGCUAUCUGAAAGUAACUGGGUUUUCUUCAGCUCAUUCAACCUUCCGCGAUGAAAUGGCUUCCGUGUCGGUAGUGCGAAUUGGAGGAAAUAAUUCUAACCCAGUAUUUUAAAGUAGGCUAAGCAAAAGAUACAGCGACUUUUUCCAAGAGCAGUACCGUUUUGCCUCCGAUUAAAAAUCACAAGUUCUUUCAUAAGAAAUUGCAGAGGUUAUACAUUUAUUCUCAUUAGCAUAAUAGACACCAAGUGAGAUGUACAUUCUAACUCAAAUUGAAGGGUCGGUAACUAACACUCGCGUCGAGAGCCAACAAUUUUGCGUUUUUCUUUACUGAAUAUGGCUGAGCAAUCGAAAACAGUUGCGCGCUCCAAUGUGUCUUCAGCCCACAGUGUAAUGUGUUUGUUAACUCAAGUAUGGCACGCACACACAUACGCGUUUCAUCAGCAUUAUGUCCUCCGCAUUACAAUUCUUAAGCAAUUCGGGUGGAUUCGUUUACUUUUGACGGUCUACAACCGCCAAAUCAGGAUCAUCUUUCUCGACGCACACGCUUUUUGCACUGGUACAGCCAACCAACCAUAGCAUUGAAGCCCACCCGCCCUGGACUUUUAAUACAACGGCUUCGAAUUUGGCUUUAACCAUGCUUUGACCAGUUACACCCAUCAAUUUACAGCAAGGAAGAAUUAAAGCUUCCUGUAUCUCAUUCUUGCCUUUCUUGUGGCCUUCGUUUUGGCCAUUACCUGCUGUCCACGGCAACCGACCCUUACGAUCGCAGUUUUUCGUCCUAUUCUGUCACACAUAUGUUUAUAGAGUUUGGUCAGGCUGUCAAAUCCGAUGGCCACUAAUGAUUAACGUUGAUUUUUGCUUCGCCUUGAAAAGCAUAUUGUUAGCUUAAAUCCAUUCUUUCUAUGGCGCCUUGACUAUAUACAAGGCGAACUAAGUUGCUAUAGGGCUAGUGAUCUAAAACCGCAUUUUCCAUCUGCAUCAAGGCUGCAAAGGCACCUUUGCAAGACGGUUCAUCGGUGCGCACUACGGGGGAGGCGUUCAGUUGUGUGGACAUAGAAGAAACCGGCCUUGAUUUAUAGCAGUCGCAGCUGGGCUAAGACGCUACAAUGCGUGUCCUGUCACAAGCGCAGAGAAUAAUUACUCAACAGUGAGAUAUUUGACAACGGUCUUUUGCACAAAUGCAACGUGCGCCUCAUCCGCAGUCAGCGUCCCUAAGCAGCCGAAUGGUACAAUUGAUAAGCAACUCGAAUUCGGAGUACGAAUAGCGUCUGUGUCUUCCCUUCAAAAUUGGUCCCCUUUAAGCUGUUUCGUCAGGACUGAAUAUGUAAGCCCACUGAGAAAAUAGGACACAGGGACCCCCGAAAUGCGGGACAGGCGGACGUACCACUUAACGGAAUAUAAGUGAGGUAUUGAGAAAACUCGCAUUUCUGUCAUAUGUUUAUUGUAAUACUCCAACGAGACGCCGGAACAAACUGCACAAAUUGAAAGAUACGAAACAGGACGUGCAAACGGGCGGAAAAUAUAUAAUCCACAAUUAUUGGUCAAAGAAGGCCAGCUUAGGUAAGACGGUAUGUGGCAGGACAAUUAAACUCUUACCAUAGUUUGAAGCCUAACCUUGACCUUGACCCAAUUUUAUUCAUUCUCUUAGUCUUAACUGGUAAAGUAGCGGCAUUAUAGUAUGCCUUCCAAAGACAAAUAAGUAUGCCAGUUAUGGUAGUCAAAGCAUGGGUUUGAAUAUUUGACCACUGCCAACUGUUGCCCCAGCAAGCGGAUGCCGAAGUUAACCCGCGGUGCUUAAGAAGUACUCUUAUUGCAUGAGGUUGUCAGGGGUAGCAGAGGCCAGCAUUCUAAAUCCCAUGAAUGACUAGUUCACUUGCAUGAACGUUUCCCAUUUGACAGCCUUCUUAAAGGUUCCAGUCGACACUUCGGGUAUUUCGGCGCACGCUAGUAUUGCACGAUUUACCGGUUCCAGCUAACAUAUAGUCCCUUUUGGCAUACCUCGUUGGAAGUCGUGGGCACUCUGGUUCGUCGUAAUAUUCCCUAAAACCGCAAGCACCGGUGCCUGUGAAACUCGCGUACCUGGAUGCUCGAAUACUGUUCUAACCCGCCAGAAUUCCACGUGUCUGGUUUUUUAAAUUUGCCUAUGAUAUCAAAAACAGGAUACAUUUCCUGCUGAAAGAUCUAUCUUCAGAACAGCCAGUGAGGAUGUUUGUGCCUGUUUGAUUCUUAAAGUAAUUGAAGAGAUAUGAAACUGGUUUACAUUAAACAGAAUUCUCAGUUACCUGAUGUGAAAUAUUUGUGCCUCUUAAAACGUUUCAGUCGCUGAUAAAUGGCAUAAAUCGAAUAAAAUUAUUCAAAUUAUCUGCCUAGAGUAAAGUAUGCUGGUUGAAAAAGGAAUUUAUGGAACAAGUUGGAAAGUAGAGGUUUCCGAAAAUUUAACCACGCGGAAACGACCACAGCUUAAUAGAAUGCUGUGAAUUGCUACAUCUAACAAAGUAAAUACAUUGAACAAAAAUCAUUACAGUUCGGGGGGGGGGGGGUUUAUACGCCACAAUGGAAUUUUUUGGGAUGAUCAUCGUUUUUAAAUGGUUUGAUAAUACGGUGUGAGCAGAGGAAAUACUCUAUAAAAAAGCAAUGUAGUCGCAGCUUCUACAGGCUAUCGUAAAUGCUGGCUAGUUAUUUUAUCCACACGAAAAUUGUGCAUCUCUAGUCCAGAUAAAUUCACGAGCAGAAUGCAAUAGAUAGCACCAUGGCACUCCUCUGCACAUUGUGACGGGCGGUAUCUGUACAGUGAUUCGUAAGAAAAACGUAUCCUGAAUUUUCAGUAAUCCCCAUCCCGGUCCAAACGAAGAACGUGUUAGGCAGUUGGUUAUGGGAUCUCGGGUUUUGUAGGUUAGAGUAAAAAUAGCAGUUAACAAAACAGUUUGAUUUAAGAAACGUUCUGCUAGCUUCAAUGACCUCUCGAGUGCAGUCUAGAAGGAAUAUUCCGAUUUCGUAAAAUUUUUGAACUGAUCCUCUGCAGGUUAUUUUGUUCCAAGUGAUGCAAAUGAUUGUACUCCGUUGGCGGAUGAUCAGAUGAACAUGCAGCUUAAUGCCGCUAACUUUAUAUGGUGGUUUUCUAAAUGUGCUGCCGAGCGUUCUGAUGCCGCAUAACCAGUCCGUCUCUAAUUAUUCAUUAUGGCUGUUUUAUUUGCUGGUAAUGUAGUUCACCCGGCUGCAGCCAAAAUUAAUGCUUAAUUGCCCUUGAAGACCUGAAGAGAGUUUCUGGAACAUGCCUAGAUGUAGCAUAUGCGCUUACGCCCGGUACAGACCUUUUCCGGUUAUGAUGCAGGCUUCACUUUUGGUCGCAGGCAUGAUUUACUUCAAUUAUUCAUUUUUUUAUAUUCCUAACGGCCAGCUGUGUACGUUCAUGCGCACGCCGUACUUUCUUGAUGUGCGACAGAUCGCCUUCAGUACUAUUAAAAAAGUGUAAAAGCGCCUGUGCCGGAAAUGCUUUACUCUAUGUUCUUUCCAUAAGUGAAUCCGGUUUAGUGCAGCAAGAAAGUGAUCGUAAGCGACGAUGAGGUCAAACUUCAACUUAACUGAUCCCCGACUUAAGCUUUAGCGACCUAAGAAUAGAUUAGAAUCUAUUCUGUCAACAUAUUUUUCAAGCAAGGCCAUGGAUUUUAAUUUUUGGCUUUGUGUAGCCGAAGAUGGCCAGGGCGACAGCUGUACGUCUAUCGCUGUUAUUAGAAUUACCCGAACCUAACUAUCUGGUCGAUCGCAAACAUUUCGUAUUGUAUUUUUCUUUCAAAAGUCUAAACCACGCUCCUACAUGCAGCCGAGGACAAGCUGAUUUUUUACAAUCAUCCAAUCAGCCCAUUGGUUACUUUCUCUUUAGUUCAUUUGGCUUCGCAUUAACCAUUGACUCCGUUAGCACUCAACCAUAUAAUCGCAUUUGCCUGAUAAAAACAUAACUAUAAAAAGCACAUGUACUGCACAUUCUCUUGUUAAUUAAACCCAUGCACAAAUCGCGUAUAUAUGAUGUUUCGCCUGUAUUUCUGCACCGCUUUAGAAAGAGGAACCCGAUAAAAAAACAUUUGCAAUUAUCCCCCAGGGAUGUCGUCUACAUCGCGGGCAAAAUACUUCUGCCAUGUUUAGAUACCGGACUAUCAGAUAAAUAAUACAUUUUCUCUAAAAUACAUUUUCGAUUGGCAUAUUUUGCAUCGGGGAUAAAUCUGCGUACAAACUAUUGACGAAGGUCGUUAUAAUUAUAGAAUAUUUUGCGCACAUUUUGACAGUCUUUGAAAGUAAGAUAUUUUAUGUUCAGAGGGAUUAAAUACUGCCCAUUUUAUUCUUGUAUGAAAAAAAAAACAGGGAAAGUGUGUAUUGGAAACUGUGAUUUAUUCAUGUUCCUUCUUUAAGUAGCCGUUCUCUUCGUUUAAAUCCCAUAAGUGGAGGAUUUUCGUAAAUAUCACUAGAGUGGUUAUUUUCCCUGUAACCAUAGCCUAGCCAGCUUUUGCAAUCAUACCAACGUUUCACCUCGUAACCAUCCAUUAGGAUAUUUAUGUCUUCGCGUGUUGUGGUAUGAACUCAGUGAGAUCCUUAUUGUUUGACAAUCUUAACAUUCCACUAAAGUAAAUAAAAGAUUGUCCUUCGUGAUCGAGGAUUUACACUUAACGUGCACUACAGUGCUGAGUACUUGCACAGAAAAAACCUCACCGGUUAUUCGCACACUCGCCACACUUCAAAGGCAGGAGUAAGUCAAAACGAAUGGAGGCAAGCCUGUAUGCAAUGAAUGCCCACGCAUUAACCUCCGUCUCCUAUAUUUCGUAAAUCCAGGUCCCUCGAGAGACGUGAAUCCACCUUAUUGCACUAUGCUAUCGUAUCUGUUUGGCUGACAACCUCGUGCGGAACCGUGAUAACUUCCUAGUUUCCCCAGACAAGACUGAGUCAGAUCUGAUAGAAAUUAACCCUGACGUAUGUGCCGGUCAGCGAUUUUAAUGCCAUUAUCUCGCAUGCCACACAUGCACGAGUGUCCUUGUUCCCAGUGUAGUUAGCGCUGUCAUGUCAAACCCAAUGUGUGGCUUAAAUUCCGUCAUCAAGCCAGUCCCCGAGGGGAAAUCUGCUUCCAAACAUAAACAAAUCCCCGGCUGUCCACGUACUUAUUGUCCCUUAUCUGCUUGUUUGCCAUCGCCAGAUGUCAAGCGGUCCCCUAGUUUUCAUUCACCGCACUGCCGACGAACCGACUGCAAAAGUUAUAUCCCAGGGUAUUUAUGAUGACAGCUUCUAUUGGGAAACCAUCCACCGGUCACCGGAGGCUGGUCAGUCCGCUGUCUCCACCUCGGGACACGCGGUGACAGGAAGCAAUGCUGCUGUCCCCACCACAGCCUCUCCAUUAACCUCCGCAUACACGGCCGGAAGAUCUUCCGUGUCUACCUCAAGCACCCAGCAGCCGCCGCUGGUCGCGACGGUGGCUCAGAAGGUGACGCAACAGAGACUCCUGUAUGACCGUCCUCAGCCCCCAUCCAGCACGGCCUCCUCCUCCUCCGAACUAAUUUGUGAUUUGUCUGCAAAUGACCUCCUGUCGUCCGACUGGACUAGCGCAAGUGCUCACUGCGGACAUUCCGAUCCCAAUCUUCGGUGAGCAACGUAUUCUGCUACUGUAUAUUAUCUCACUUUGACUGGCUAUGGGCUGAAUGCACGCCCCUGGAUUUUUACUUUUCUGAGAUAGAAGACGAUUUAUUUAACUAGAUAUUUAGUUGGACAGGGGAGUAUGUAGACCCGUAUUGCAGGCACCCUCGUGUUAAAUUCCAGUGGAUGUACCUAUCUCCUCGUGUCCUAGUCCUAACCCUAACCUCUCUGUAGGUUGGCAUAAGGUCGACUAUAAUAUGGGGGUACUUAUCCCCAUGUUUAAUCAGAUACUUCAUAAUAAGCGGGUUCUAUCUACAGUUAUUCUAGCGCUUGAGUCUCCUUAUCAGUUUCAGGAGGUUUAAAAUUACCCGCUUUCAUAAACAGGAUGGGUUUUAUCAGGUCCUGAUGAAUCUUGAUAUCAGCCCGUUUGAUUUGUGAUAAAUUCUAAAAGCACCGGUCUGAAGAGCUGGCGGUCAUUUCAUCCCGCGCUUUUGUCAAUGUUCUUUCGCUUUAGCUGUUACAUGGGUCCGACGACAUCCAAAAGCUGAAUUUCUUCACAUGCGAUUUGCUUGCUGUGAAUGCGCCUCGAUCCAUGUUUCAAUCUAAUUUCGGUUGUCCUGCAAUUUUCUUAAGUGAAAUAGAGAGCAUUGACCCGUUUUCUUGUUCCUGGAAUUACCAUUCUUACCGUUAAGAAAGCGGCUGAUUGCGCAGCUCUUUCAGUUGCCUGUAGUGAACUGGUUGCAGUUAUUCUCAGGAGUAAACCUAUGGAUUUCAUUUCAUGUCAGUCGUUAAUUUUAUGUCAGCUUGCCAGGAGGUCUCAAAUGAACACAUGCUGCGAAUUUUGUGGAUUUUAGCAAUUCUACGUGUCUAGUUUCACUUGAAAUAGUAUCACCAAGGUUUACGGACCUGAUUAAUGUCAUUUGGGUUGGCAGUAUUAGUCGGUUUGAUUAUAAUACUCAGUGAUUUUUUUACUUCGCUGCUCGUCAGUGUGCCACAAUUAUUUUCCGUGGCUGCAUGAAGCAAAUCCAAGGGUUUCAAGGAGACUUCGCAAAUUCCUUCAUGUCAUGAUAUUACUGUUAGUAAACGCAACUUUAUAGAUUUUUCAGAACUUAUUUAGUGAACGUGGAGUGUCAUUUUCAAGACAAAACUGUUGGCCCCAGAUAUGACUGUUAGGUAUCUAUAUCGAAUAUCAUCGGACUCAGUGAAACAACCGCUUAACGAAACGUGUAGUUUUGUUCGGAGAUUUUAAACAAUCAUGGGAUUAGGUAGCUGCAGGCCAGCUUGUUAAGGUCAGCCUAAUUCAUAUACAAGGACCUCGGUCGAAGGCUUCCGAUUUCAGUGAGAAACGCAUUUUGAAUCUGUCAAAUUAGCGGUAUUCUAGGGUUGCGCGCAAAACCGGUACUGUCCAAAAGACCGGAAACGUGCUUCACCGCAUGCCACAAUUGUAAAGUCUCCAAAUGUUUCGUACUGGGUUUCGACGAUUACCCAGCCCUACUCACAGAAAAUCGAUGAAAACUCUCACUGGAUGGUUAUUUAGUAUCAUAGCGCAGAGGAUGGAGAAAGAGUGUCUGGAGCACCAACCUACACCAGGUGUACUCGUCUCACCAGUCUGUACUGCCCCCGAAUAUUCAACCACCAAUUGACCCUAUAUUAGGCCACAUACACAUUAAUACAAACAUGCGGCAAAUCAUUACCGGUCACAGCACACUACCUCAUCUCUCCUCACGAGCAUCUGCAACGCACACCAACAUCACUCAUCAGCACACAAUUGGCACCUCUCACGUAAGUGAUGAGUAUGCCUCUCGACUCCCUCUGGUCCAUUUUUGUUGCUGGAUAAAAUCCUGGUCAAGCCCCUGUUGUGGACAGGGUGGUGUGGUAGUAGACCUAUGUCUGAAUCCGACCGUGCCAGCCACCUGCGCCCUUUCCCGUCUCCGGUCUUCUUGACUAUGUCUUGAUACCGGAUUCUGGGAGAGAGGGCAGGAGGAGGAGGGAGGGCAGUGGAUGCUGCGUAAAUCUACUCUCAUUGUAAAAUAAUUCACGCGCAGGUCACCGUGCGUGCUUCACCCUAUUGUGGGGUAAACGGUAGACGUGUUUGGACACGUCGACGGAACAGUUACCGUCUAGCGCCACCGUAGAAAGACUAUGAAAGAAUUUUUGGUACCGUGCUUUGUACUGUUAACCACUCAUAAGUCUGAAUUUAAGGUGUAUUAUUUGACAUCCACAUAACGCACUAACGUUCUCCUGAGGUAGAGAUUUGGCAAAGAUCUGUGCAUCGCUCUACUGAUUUUCUGUGUCCUAUGAAAACAUCAAGUAUAACUUUGGCUCAGACGGCUGGAAACAUGAGCGAAGUCCAAAAGCGGUCAGAUGUCGGCAGCGUCACUCGAUGAACGUUUCCGGGUCACUCUAUCGCUUUUCUAGACUCUUUAAUGUUUGAGCCUGUCGACCUCCUUGUGUUUGCUGUCUUGGCGAAGCGUUUUUGCACUCAAUUUUGCGUAGUUGGCGUUCGUUCUAGACUCAAGGAAAGGGCAGACCUAUCGAAGUUGUUAUAUUGCUCAAUCAAAUUUAAAAUGUGCACGUAGAACUUAUGAGAUCGAAUGAGUGUUAAUUGUCCUAAUUUUUCGAUCGUAUUGUAGGAAUAUCAAAGACUUGGGAUAUACGACGAUGUCUUUCAACAACCUCUCCAUUACCAAACCUGGAGCUGCCCAUCGGGACCUGUGGACUGAAAACAACUUCACUGUUCUACCCUCCUUCACUGAAGUAGCUUCAAACUGCAGUCAGUCGGCAGUCAGCUCCAACAGCUUCUCCAUGAUUCCAUUCAACAACAACAACAACAAUACCAGCUAUCAAUAUCCAGAAUUGUGUCAGAACCAACAAUUAACCAGGUCUUCUGCGGGCUUUUUCUCGAAGCAGCGCCCUCGCGACAAAUCAAUCACCGUAACGACUCAACCUCCGCCGGUGCCGGCCCUAAGCGUGGACCCAAAGUCGACAAUCUUCUUCCCGCAUCCCACUGCCAACAACGACCUCGUUGCGGACUUCUUCGUUCCGGAGAACUUCAUCGAUACAGCUGCCAACAGCAGCAGCACGGCCACUAUCGUGAACAACCGCAACGGUUUUCUGCCCAACAACUCCGACAUAAAUACAACCAACUAUCCCUUUUACGUUGGGACAUCUCCAAUGGUUGACACGAUCAUCGACUACCAGUGGCACCAAAGCUUGAAUGUGAAUGGCGGUGACGUGUCUACCGGUGGUUUCGCUUCCACCACUGGCAAAAACCCCCCAGGACGGAUGGACUCGAUAAACAGCGUGGCACCUCCGGCCAGUGGCAGCACCAAUACCAACGACGGUGGUUGCGCCACAACCGAAAGCGGUGGGACCGGGAGUGGAACGGUGACCUCCGGGACUCAACAAGUCUCUACCAGCCGGCGCAGUAAUGUUUCCGACCGAAUUGGCCUCGUAAAGCAGGUGCGACCUUCCUCAGACACCAAUGUCAUCUCCCUCACCGACAACCCUGGCGCCCCGAUGCUCAAGGCUGACAGCACCCUCUCCCUGGAUACUGAGUCGAGGGCUAGGGCUUGCUGUUUCUGUUGGUGCUGCUGCUGCUCUUGUUCCUGGUCAGUUUGCAAUCCUCGUUUUUUUACAGUUAUAAACAAAAGUUUUUUAAUCAAAGAGUACUGAAAAGUGCGUUUUGAGUUGUGGCUACAAAUACAAGGGUCAGAUAACUAUCUAGCAAGUAUAUAUCGGUGUAUUUUUGUCAAGGAGAAAAUGUAAGUCCGUUGUAUGCGGUCACUAAGGUAAGUAACAGAUGUAGUCGCACAAAAUGUUUAGUUCGGCCUAACCUCCAGCUUUCAUUACUGGUCACUUUAAACUGUGACGGGAAUAUCGAUCCACCUUAGUAAUCACUUCGACUAGCGUACCAACGCGUGCAGGACCAAUGUACAGUACGUGACCGAUCUCAUGAAAUGUUGGCCGAAAUUCUGAAAUGCGUUUUCGACUAGGAAGGAUCAAUAAGGUGGCGUUGUAAUAUUCAUCAUCAUGUAGCGUAAUCCUUUAGUGUUUCGGAAUUGCCAAGAGGUCGGCAUUUUAAUGCACCUCUUUCUGACUUCCCGCAGAAACCGUACUUGGCAAAAGAUGACUACUUAAGCACCAUGCAUUUUUCGCAUCGAUUUUCGAUGGUCUUAUAAAUUCAAAUAUAUGUUAUGGAAAACAUGAACAAAAAUAUGUUUCCUUUACCUGUUUGAUAGAAAAUCCCAGUUUAUUUAUAUUUUUUAGCCUAAGGAAGGUUAUCUUGCGGUUAUAAAAACAUAUCCAAUUAUGAGAUUUUUAAGACCGUGUGGUGUCCAUAUAUACAGCAUAACACGUGUCAGUUUACCAAUGUUCCACUUGAAGCGUACAAAGUGAACAAAAAAUAUGUUUUCUUUUACCAGAUGGUAGAAAAGCACAUUGUCUUCACAUUUAGUACCCGAAAAAAUGUAUGUUUUGGUUUUGAAAAAGUUUCCCAAUUCCCUAAUAAUUUUGAGCCUGAUCAGCAUUUACUUUAGUUUUUAGCGAUUUCAGGCUACAGGCUGCAUGCGAUCCGUGUAAGGAAAAUCAUAAAUUACUCUAUACUUUUAUAAUAGGAUGCUGUAUAGAGUUCAUAAAAGUUUGCAAUAGACACGGACUUUUUUGUACGCUUUACGUGGAAAAUUGGUAAACUGACACGUGUUAUGCUGUAUAUAUGGACACCACACGGACUUAAGAAUCUCAUAAUUGGAUACUUUUGAAAACCGAAAGAUAACCUUCCUUAGGCUAAAAAAUAUAAAUAAAAUGUGAUUUUCUACCAAAUAGGUAAAAGAAAACAUAUUUUGUCCAUGUUUUCUAGAAAAUAUAUUUGAAUUUAUAUGACCAUCGAAAAUCAAUGCGAAAGAUGCAUGCUGCUUAAGUAGUCAUCUUUUGCCAAGUACGGUUUCUGCAGAAUGUCAGAAAGGAGUGCAUUAAAAUAUUGACAUCUUGGCGAUUCCGAAGCACUGUAGGGUUAUGCUACAUGAUGAUGAAUAUUAUAACGCCCCCUUAUUGAUCCUUCCUACUCGAAAACGCAUUUCAGAAUUUCGGCCAACAUUUCAUAAAAUCGAUCACGCACUGUAUGUGCUGAGGAAAACUGUAUAGCUUACACAGGUAGACCAAAUGUUGAAUGUCACGCCUUUUUGUAGUCCCUGUAUCAAGUCACGUGCUGUGCCUAGCUUCCUCCCCGACGGUGUUAAAAUUGUCUUGUAACUGAAACACGUGGUGUGCGGGAGAGGUAAAGUGAUUUAGAUGCAGCACGAGUCCACUUCAUUAUAAACUCGUCGCAUGUGGCUACUAAGUCACCAUCGUCUGAAUAUCGAUUGAUCAUCGGCGUGCGUCUCCCAUCUCUCUGUAGUAAAAGACCCGAGACACUUUUUAGUUAGGGAAAGGAUAGGCGCACGUCUUUGUAUUGGAGCAGAUAAAAUUUUCACCUGCAAAAUGUCUGGACAUUAUUGUUUCACAUAGGCAAGGAAUAAAGAUUUCACUAUUCAUCUAAUUGGAUGUCUGACUGGGGAGUUUCACUUCCUUAAAGGACGUGGGGAAGUAAUCGGUGGACGUUGACGUUGAGCAGCACGAAUAAACAAGUAACAAAGUCCAAAUCCGGUUGUCAAAACAACCAAAUUUUCUAAUUAGAGUAGGGGAAAGUGCCCAUGGGUUAGUGGGGUGAGGAAAUAAGAGCUCUAUGUUCAAAACCCCACGCAUGCAUUCGGGAAACAUCACGUGUGUAGCACGUUCAGACGUGUGUUCAGCUUCAACAGCCUCUGCGUCGACAGACAACUUCAGUCAUCACGACUUUAUCUUGCUGCUGUUUGGGUUUGCAGAAAGAGGGCGCUUGAACUGCCGUCCUGGUUUCCCUUACAUCCUCCUAUUCACGCGCAGAUCUCCGCUGCGUCUUCGGAGGUUGUUGGACUCGUGACUUGUGUCAGGCGAUUCUUCAAUUCAUUUGAUAGUUUACCUUACCCCAUCAGCAACUAGAAGGCUCAUCUAGUGUUCUCUGUCUCAUAUACCGCGUGUGAAAUAUCACACUACACCUACUGUACUUUUCAAGACUUGCAUCUAACUAAUUUAAGUGUAAAAUACCCUCAAAAUGGGCCAGAAAUAGGUUGAAGGGUGCGAUGGCCAGAAAAAGAAAUAGAAAACAUAAAAAGCCGAGGCAAGGAGUUAAGUGAGAGUGCUUAAAGGCUUUACAUAUCUUGAACGUUUGAGGGAUCUCCGAUCAGUAUUAAGGUGUUUUACGGUCAGUCUUUAAUCCACAAGAACUUCAUAAUAGGUAGUGCGUAUGGUUACUGAAAUAGGCCACAAUCUAUAUAGAAUAUUUCUUGAGAAGGCGAAUGUCUCACAUUACUACUUCUUAAAUUCUUACUCCCGAAUCCCAACUUCCACCAAAUUACCCACAUUCUGAUUAAACAUUACAAUUUAUGGAUAUUCUAAAAACCUCGCAUUUUGAAAAGCCUGCUUUUACAAACGUCCUGGUCUGACCUCUAGGAAAGGACCAAGUGGAUGAGCUCUUCAAUGAGAGAUUCAACGAGGUCAUCGAAUUAAACUUUGUCAAGAUCCUUUAAAUUGUCCUCCUUAAGGUUCAGCUUUUGAGAUUAUGUCGCUGAAAUGUAGGCCAUCUAGAACUAAGCGUACUUAAACAUGCGAUAAGGACUAAAAAUUGUUCAAAAAUGAUUCAAAAACCCGAAAUCUUCAAAAUUUAAACCGUCAGUGCUAUGAUAAGACCUGUUUCACCACCACUGCAUUAUAAACGAUGGUCAUUCAUUGGGAUGUUAAGUUGUCAUAUGGGAUACCUUACUCUGACAUACGAUCGAAUAUUUAGCUUUUAAUUGCCAAAUUCACAGUAACAGAGGGCUCAACAAACUCAAGAUUAUAAAGUAUGCCUUUCAGUAAACGAGUAGGUGGACUUCAUCAAGUUCUUCGUUGUCAAACACUACCGGAGUUUGCUGUAGGAGACGUUUUUUUCAAAAUUUUACCAUUGCUUCAAGCGCUGUUGCAAGACAAAAUGAACGGAAAGGCGAUUCUGAGAGAGCUUUUUCUGGUUGUUUGAAUCAACUGUCUUCUGACUGCCUAGAAUAUUGUACUUUCUUCCCAUUACAUCUUGUAGGCAAAGUUAUUAAACUCACGCAUUGAUCUCCCCGAUUGUCCCUUGACAAGUGCACCAUUGACCAUUUUACUAUUCACCUCAAAACGGCAAUGUUUUGUCUGCAGUCUGCAGUCGGCACUGGCGAAUUCUGUUACCUAAAUUUUCAUGCUUAUCUAGUGUCGUGGCAUAUAUAUUGUUGCGUUGAACGCCAUAGACGAGGAUGAAGAUAAUUUCUACUAUCUCCCGUCAGGCAAAUCCUCCUUUAUCUCGCCUAAUUAAAUUCCUUGUGGAUGAAGUUGACGCGCGUUGUCUGUGCUGUGUAGCCUGUCAGUUAGCAGUCAGUCUGUUAGCCACACAUAGAGGCUAAAUUAGUGUUUAAUUUUUUACAACACAUAUAACCAAAUGCGAACUGAGUCUGCUAGGACUUUCUCGAUCAACAUUCUUGGGAGUGAAUUAGGUGCCUUCGAUGCAGUCGUAGGCCGUCGGACUCAUGUGUAAAGUCAGAAACCCAACAGAUCUCAUUUCGCCUCGAUGCAGCCACUCUAAAUUCAAUGAAUGUACUGUCACGGUAAAAACACAUUAGUGGGCUAGAUUAUCGGAUGCAAAGAAACUGUCUUGUGUCAAUUACCUCAGACAUUGCCCACCGCGAAUACUUUAGGUGUGCAGUACAGGAUUUAAAAAUGACACAUUGUACCGUGUGCAGUGGUUCAUAUCUGUGGUGGUGUUCAUCGAGCACAUAGUGGCCGGCGUGUGGUAAUCUAAAACCAAUGGAGAUCCUGGUCGUCCAGGUGACGACAGCUAUUCCAUCACCGCUUUGAGAGAUAAAGGCUACAAAGCUCCUUUGGGCUGAAUGAUUUAACUAGAACACUGGCCCGUGAACGAAUUCCCGAAUCGACGGACAAUGUGAUGGGGUAGACCUAUGAGUCGGGACACGUUUAUAAUAUGAGAAGUGUGCUUCGUUGCGCUUUCGAACACCCCAGCAGCCAUUUUCCUUUUUAUAAAAGAUCAGGACAGAAAACACGAGUUAGGAGCAGCCAGGUCACCGAAGCCACCGUUCUCGAUGCUGUUCGUCUUCACGGGGCCUUUGGAAUUUAAAGGUCACACAAAUUCAUGUGCAUGUAACAACAUCCUCAACCUAGAUCGACAUAAUUUAGGCUGGUCUAGCUUACUUGCCGGACGGUCUGGUUGAUUCGCAUCCUACUCAUUAUUUCAUAAGGCUAUCACCGGCCAUUUUACUUGUAUACACAGCAUUCAAGUCCCACCUGGCAUUGACUCAGUGAAGCGGUCAAACCAGAGUAUUGAAGAUCAACAUCGAACGGAGACCCAGAUCCUCGAACCGAGGUACGUUCAAAUCUCAUGAGACGGACGUCUCGAAAUUAGUUCUUUGAACUUUUAUAUUUAAAGCACCUUUUGUCAAAGUCUCCUCUUUGCUCCCACAUUAUUGUGGGAGAAAGGCAUCUACUCACUAGAGGGGAGGCGUUACACUUAUUUGCUUCUGACUGCUCUUUUUUGCUCAGCUCAGAUAGGUGCCAUGACGUCUGGGAAGAUUAAUAAAUAACUGGACAUUUAAAAAUUGGGUAGAGAUCUUAAUUUAAUGUAGAUGUUCAUGUUAACAUGGAAUAUUGUUUCCUGGAUAUUUUGGGGCGAAUUGCGCAUAAGCAUGGUCUCAAGAUUUACCGUCUAGAUAUUUUAUAUUCUUUCUAAAUCAAAUUCAUCCAGAUAUGUACUGGAAAACGGGCAUCCCGAGAAAUUUAAUUAAAAAUAAGUGAGAUGCUUUGGGAAGAUAAUAUCCUUUAAUGCGUAAAUUUUUGAGUCUGGUUCCCCAACCCGUCGUCAGAAUUUUGGGUGAUGUACAAACACAGUUAACUAUUUAACCAUGUCGUACAAGUGAUUCUAUGGUUGGCCGAAGCCUGCGUUAAUGUGCGUCAACGGUUUUUCGUCAUCCCCUCGGCAUUGGCUGUGUUUGCUUCCAUUUUUCCUUGAGAAAUGUGUAUGUGACAUCUAAAUCGAUAUGCCGAUCGAUGCAUGCCUCAUCUGGGUGCAUUGCCUCCAGGAAUUCGCGGCCUUUCUUUAUUGGGCAGGCGCCAACAAUGUAAGUGUUCUCCCAUGCAAACUGGUGUCCAAUGUCCAGUGUGUGCAUGGCCACCUGGGAUAGAUUAUCUUGCCUCCUGUUGUAAUGGAGGAUUUUCGCCGUAUCAGUAGCCUUUCGAAAGACACCAGUCUGGAGGGCACCGCCGUCCUGUCUCGGCACCUGGACGUCCAGAAAAGGGAUUUCUCCGUCCUUUUCUUUCGCCAUUGUGAAUUUAAUUUGGGAGAAAAUUUAGUUCAACUUUCUUUUGAAGGUCUCUUUUACGUCUCGACGUAGGAUGACAAAGGUGUCAUCCACAAUUUUGGCACGUAGGACUGAAAGGCCCGUGUUUCCAGUUCUUGCAGAAGCGCCUAAGCUAGGUGCCGGAGAUUGGUGAUCCCAUCGGGGUUCCCCGGAUUUGCUCGUGCGCAUGGCCAUUAAACGUGAAGUACGUGCUCAAACAGUAGUCCGAUAGCUCCCUUAUCUGCUUCCUUCUCAGAGGUCUAUUCUCUUCAUCGCACCUCUUCUUCAGUAUGCCACUUAUGACCUUCGUGGCUAAUUCUUUAGGGAUGGGGGUGAAAAGGCAGACGACGCCGAAGGGACCAUUAUUUCAUCGGAGGCUAUUUUGACGCCUCAGAGUCUUUCCAGGAAGUGUGUUGGGGAUACAGCUUUGUGUUCUAGGCCCACAGUCAGCUUUUUCAGAUGUUGGGUAAGCCAUUUAGCCAGACCGUAGGUAGUUGUACCUUUCAGCCCCACAAUUGGCCGUAAAGGAACGCUUGAUUUGUGGGUCUUUGGCAGUCGAUAGAAGUGUGCUAUGACAGCAUCUUGUGGAUUCAUCUGUCGCCAAUCGUUCUCAGAUAUUGCCUUUAGUUUCCUAGUUAGACUCAGGUUCUUCUUGAUUUUUGCCACCAGUUUUAUACAUAUAUAUGCAGUGUAGAGGUGGUAGGCAUUCCAAGACGAUAUAAUGAAAAAGAAAGAGGUUUUUCGGAAAAAUAUUUUUUCUGAAGAACCCGUUCUUUUUUCAUACAUAUAUCUUGGAAUUGAGUUCACAGAUCAGGCCACGGGAUAUGCGCAUCCUGCAUUUGACUGCAAAUUAUAUUUCUUGGAAUGCACAUCGUCCACUUCAUAUAUGUAUGUGCCUGCGCAGACUGAAAUUUUCGGCAAAGACAUGGGAGACUAAAACAGGUGUUUCUGGCUUACUCGCCGUCAUUAGCUGGACAUACGUAGUCCCAGGUUUAAGCGACUCCUAAGGCCUGCACCUGCAUUCCGCUUGUUAGAAGUCCAAUGCCCCAGUCCGAUCACAACCGACGGAAUAACGAGCGUUUGACUCCUAACCAACAAAAUGCGAGUUCGGACCCCAGAGGUUGCAAAAGCCUGCGAUUAGAUAUGACUGGCUAUUGACGAUUAGUAAGCCAGAAAUGGCCAUUCCAGUCUCCCUUGUCUUUGUCAUAAAUGUUAUUUUGUCUGUAUCACCAGCCACGCCACGGCUUCUUUAGGACCUACUGAUUAGGUCAUAGGGGAUGACGGGACCGGUAUGUACCCUAACGCAGUUGGUGAUCGCCCCCUCUACCAAUAUAUAUAUAUAUGUUCAUAGAAGCAAACAUACGCAUCCCUGGACAUAAAUCAGAAGAAAAGGCGAUCUCGGAAACCAUAGUUUUACCGCCCUGACGUUUCAAAUGCAAACAAGCCUCCAUCAUCUGAGCUGAGUGUGAUAUCGCGCCUCAUAGUAUUUAUAGGUGGGUGACAGUCAUUUUAAGUCGGGUUUUACGUACGCAAUCAGGGCGACAGGGAGGAAGGGAGGGGGAGGCAGCCUCAAGCAUCUUGUCGCCGGAUGAGGGGAUGAUGGAUCAGCUUUAAUGAUCACCAGCCGCAUGCACACAAGGACUGUGGCGGGCGGGGAGGAGGGAAAGGGGGUGACGGAAUGUACUCAAUCUACAUCGGGGACCGGCAUUGAGACGUUGGCGGCCGUCGUUCUUACCUUCAUUGAUCUUAACUGUCAUCCAAGGCUGACAAUCUUGUUUACGCCGCAACGACUGUCCGUUUUCUCGUCCGCCGGAAUAGUCGAUGGACAGGCUGUGGUGAGGACUACGCCUUCGUCGGAACCAGGUUGAGGGGUGGCUGAGUGUGUAACCGCCAUGGACUCGCUCAUGUUUGAAUUCGUGUUUAGUCUGAGUUCGCGUUUGCUCAUUCGUUCACUGAGCUGCGCCCGAAGGAUUUGGUAGGCAACGAGAAGAGCCGCACAACGUUCGAUGGAGGUUCUCCCGUGUGCCAGGAUUUGAUUGUUUCCCUGGCUAUGCGGUCGUUUCCUCGGCCAGGAAUUUCGGCAUGCUGGAGUGUGAACGUGUGUCCGGAAUCGGCGCGGCGUUCUGCCAUCAGAGACGAAGGGUCCAUCCUCUUUGCCGUCCUCAUGUGGUCUCCAACACGAGUAUGUAAUUGUUUGCCGGUCUCCGUAAUGUAGUUAACUUUCCAGGAGUUACACUGAAUCCGGUAGAUGAUGUUAGUGAUUUCAUCUCGUGGCAGAGGGGCCAUAUGUCGAAUUGUUGACUCCCGUCUCUUAAGAUCGGGUAUAUCACAACCAACAGGGCAACGGUCCCGUGGCUCAAUGGUAGAGUGUCAAACUCCAUGUCUAACGAUCCCGGGAUCGAAUCACAAGUGAUCCACACUUGGGGUUGGGUAUGACUGGCUGAUGACAGCGAAUAUGCCAGAAAUGGCCAUUCCGGUGUCCUUUUCUUUGUCGCCAUCAUCUCAUUUACGUCUCUUAGGACCGCUGAAGAUUGGCAUCGCCCACGGACCGGAGUCCUCCUUGCCACCCUGACUGCAUACGUAAAACCCGUCUUAGCAUGACUGUCACCCACUUACAAAUACUGUUAGGCGCGAUAUCACACUCACCUCCAACGAUGGAGGCUUGCUUGCAUUCGAAAUGUCAGGACAGUAAAACCAUUGUUCCCGAGAUCGCUUUUUCUUCCCAUAUGUAUAUGUGAUAGAUGUUGCGGGAUAUGCUUGUUCCGUUGUGAUUCUCCCUGGAGUUAUCUUUUUUAAUCUGAGGUCAUUCCCAAAGGUAAAAAUUAUAAUUUCACGCGGCUUAACGCAUAUUUUAGUUUUCAUGUCAAAAUUAAAUACCCUAUUGAUCUGAGUAGGUUGCAUCCAAGGCUGAGUAGUAUACGGAGAAGAACAGGUUUUAGGCAUGCGCAGAUCUCCUGCCGAUAAUACUAGGGUUAAGACUUCGAACAGUUCAAACUGAUUAUCUAUGGUUUCCAAUUAUCAGUCAGUAUUUGGUUUUCACUUUUCUGGUCUAUUGCAAGUAAGACUAGAGGGACGUCUUUGACCUUCUCUGGCUUCGCCACUUCUAGGCAAUCGACCUUUGAUUUGCGAUUUUAGUUGUUUUUUUCUCAAAAAGUUAACAUGACGCCUCGGUUCUCCUUCGGAUCAAAGAAAAUCUAGCAUAAAUGCUAAACCAGUUUUUGGCGGGAAAUGUUCAGUUGGGAUUAAUAACGUUGUCAAAAUAUAGGCGUUAUUUGGGUACCUAACUUCGAUUUUAAGCCUCUCCAGCAGGUUCUUCAAUUUGCGGACGAGUAGUUUUCAAGCUGUCAUUCAUCACGGCGGUUGGCCCAGCCAUCUUAACUGGAGUGGGUGGAUGAACGGCGGUGUCAGCGAAUAGGAGUUCAGCAAGUGGCCGAGUCCGCCGAGAACAAAUCGCUCGAAGUAAUUUGCCCACACAAUUAUUUUUACUGUUAGCUUUACGCGGUAGCAUACUCACGCCGUCUGUACUGCAAAAACGUUUGGUGUUAUUAAUCAGUUGAGCUAAAAAUAAACGGCUGGCGGCCUGUCGGACUGACUUACGGUUCACUUCAUUCCAGUUUACCCCAGUCCUCAGGCGGGAGCAUGCGCCAGCACGCAGGUCCGUCUUGGGCUCUUCCGAAUCCACCUCCCCUGGGCUGGAACCUCUUUAAGUGAAACGCAGAUCACUUUCAAACUGUUGUACGUACAUGUCAGAACUGCUCACAAAUCUGGCAGUUCGACCGUCGCAUGUGACGACUUCCGCCGUGUAGCCCACAAUAUGGUGAGCGCGGGACGGUGACUUAUGCAUGAAUUAGUCCAUAGGGGUUUCCGACUCACGCAGCAUCUGCCGCAUUCCCUCGCCCCUCACCCACCCGGACCCAGUGGCAAGAUGGAGUCAGAACAACCGCAGUCAGGCUCAGACACAGUGACUGACUAUGCUAACUGGGCCGUUAGCGCGUCCUGCACACAACCUGGUCCUUCAGUUGCGUAGCAAGUUUUCACUAAACAGGGUAACAGCUCGGAUCCCACGUGCGUGACAGUGCUAUGGGAGGGAACGUUUAUAAGGAGUCGUCGAACUUGAGUCUCAGUCCUCGAUCCAGUUAGUCCACAUAUACACACACAGUACUGACCAUGAAGACCGAGAUAUCCCGUGAACUGGCAGUCUUCCAAGCCACGCAUCGUGAUAGUUUCAGAACGCGCCGGAAUUGUUAUAGAAGGAAAUGCGCUGAUGUGCUGCAGGGAUGAGUUCCCUAUCGCCGAACAUACUCCCUGUUCCCUUUCCCUUGUGCCAGUCUAUUGUCCAAGCCUGUCAAGGCAUUUGAUGCCUGGACUGGACGCAGUUGCUGACAAAGCUGCAACGGCCAGUUUGCAUGUGUCCCAUACCACCUGGUCAGGCUGUGGUUUGAACCUAGGAGCAUGCCUCCCAGCGACUUGAGAGCUGCAUGCUCUGUUCCUAUGUUGGGUGUUGUGUGGCGGAUUCGCAUGUAGUCUGGUGUGGUUACGGGAUUGGGACUGCGAUGUUUUUGCCGCAGACUUUCAUGUAGUCGCUCAUGGCUGAGGACUUCCGUGUGGUGACCGAGUGUCCGUCAGCAAUAUGGGCGGUUGAGGCGGAUGCGACAGGUGUGUGUUGAUGCUCCUAAAACUGGUUUAGUUUGGUGGAUUCGCAAGUGACCGAAUAAAGGGAUGUGUAAUGUAAACGUGCAGAGCUGGUAUGGGCAGGAGAGGUUCGUAGCUGCUAGGUCAAUGGCAGUAGUGAUACUGGUAGUAAUGGCGACGCUGGUGGCUAAGGGGUCGUUGUGCUAGUGUUUUGGCAAUUGUCGGAUGUGCGAUGUGCGUUUGGCUUGUCGGCACUUCGAUUAGUUUCGCUGUUGUGGAUGCGCAUGCGGCCGAAAAGACCCAUGCGAUGCCUGAAUGUCCUGGAACACUGUAGACGGCAGAUACGAGAGACGGGUUUAUGUCGGGGCUUCAAGCAGUGAUUAAUCGGUCUCAAUGCGAUUGAGUUGCAAGUGAACGAACAGGCCAACGCUUGAUGUGGAGGUGGGGUCGAAAAAGGUGUAGGUUGGGAUCGAGUCCGAUGAUGAUGGUAAUGACGUUGCUGCUGCUGCUGCUGCUGCUGCUGCUGCUGCUGCUGCUGCUGAUGAUGAUGAUGAUGAUGAUGAUGAUGAUGAUGAUGAUGAUGAUGAUGAUGAUGAUGAUGAUGAUGAUGAUGAUGAUGAUGAUGAUGAUGAUGAUGAUGAUGAUGAUGAUGAUGAUGAUGAUGAUGAUGAUGAUGAUGAUGAUGAUGAUGAUGAUGACGGUGCGGUGGUGGUGGUAGCCGUAGUAGUGGUAGCAGUAGUAGUAUUAGUAGGUGGCAGGGCGUCGAAAUGUUCUCACAGGUGGUGCAAUUGAGGUAGGACGGCGGCGACAGGGGUAGUGCGAGUGUGCUCACGGUAGUGGUGGCCGCUGUCGGCAGGGGGUGAUAAUGGGGUUAUUUGCGGAGGUGGAGUUGUCGAGUUGUUAUUGCACUGGGUCCGAUGUGGCUGAUCGGUGCGCGGACUGUCAGCUGACAACGGGUACACGACGGAAGGGUUCGAACGUUCGGGUUAUAGGUGCGCGGCGCGUGAGAUUUGCGAGUCGCUUUCUUGGUUUUGACAACAGCAAUCCCGUUGGCUUCGUAGAUGGCUGCCUAAGUCUUCGCAUCUCUUUUCAGGUCGGUCAGUCCUGGAAAAGGUCCUCUUGGGUUGCCGAAUUAAUUUGUAAAUUGUUGACGGUGGUGCUCUGGGUGUCUUUGUGGCGUUGUUUUUGCCUUUCAUUCUGCAAACGCCUGUUAAGACCGUAGAUGAACAACUUAGGUGGGCGCUCCUCAUUUAUGCUCGCGGGUUGGCCGCCUCAUCGCAGUUGCCCUUUUUAGCAUCAUAUAAAAACUGAUGUCUCCGGUCCGUUCCAAGACCUCGGUGUCCGGAAUCAUGUUCUUCCACCUCAGCUUUCUAUUCUCCGGAGGUACCGCAUACGGUUCAUAUGUCCUCCCGUAGAACAAUGUCAUCAGGACUGUCGUCCUGUAUAUCUCGACUUUUCCGUUUAGGCGAAGGUCGCGGCGAUUACAGCGUGAGGCCCGUAGCUGGCUGAUGGCUUGACUAGCUUUGGAAAUCCGGGUCGAUCUUGAUAUUCCGUGAAGUUAUACUUCCUAGGUACGCGAAUUUGUCCACUAUUGUUAGUCUAGCUUCGCUGACAUAGUCAUGGGUUUGUCUUUGGUCUAUGUUUGGCGCCGGUUGGUGCAUAAUCAUCGUCAUCUGCGUGUUUAUGAUCAGUCCUAAGUCGAGACAGUCGAAGGCGAUGACGUCAGUGCUCAUUUUCAUAACCGCUUCCGCCGUUCUGUUAAGCACACAAUCAUCUGCCCUCAGUAGAUCGUGGAAGCUGGCCUGCGAUACUCUUGAGCUACCAUGCAUCAUGCGUUGAGCAGUUACCUGUUGAGCUGGCAGUCGAUGACGAUGACCCAUUUCUCUGCGGUUGGCUACGCCUGCCUUCACGGCAGUAAAUCGUCCAGGGUUGACUUAUGUUCUCCGGCCUUCACGAUGCUUAGUGGGAGGUAGGAUGAUGAGUCCAUGACAUGUUUUGGUGGACCGAUAAUCGGAUUUCCACGUCCCCACAAACUCUGGCGCUGCCAUGAUGAUGAAACGUCUGAGUGCCUGGCAUCCCCUAUGAGGUAAGACAGAAACUUUAACGGAAUUCAUGAGUUAACUGCAAUGACUGUGCUCCUUGUGGACAUCCUUUCAAAUAAAACGAAUAACCUGGAUAGAGCUAAAGCUGUAUGAUUGUGGAGUAUAAACUCAUAUCGGAUAUCCAUCCCCCCUUCUGUAAAAGUAAAUAAUUAGAUGAUUUUUCGUUGUCUUCCUUAAGCUCUACGGAAGAUGCAUAUAGAAUUGGAAGUUGAGUUUCUAGGACAUUAUUUGUCAGAAAUUUUCCCACGUUGACGAUUGCUGCUAGAGAAUCGGAAGUAUUUCUCUUUGAAAUAAUUCCUCAGGUAGGGCAUGGGGAACGGGCCCUGCGUAUUACCGGUGUCCUUGCGCUAGAUUUCUGGGUUAGGGUUGAGAUUAGUGUCACGGCUGGGAAAAGAGGGUCGGGCGUAGGGUUGGAAGUAGUGGGGUUAGGAAGGCUAGGGUUAGUUUCAGGGUUCAUGGUAAAAAUCAGCACACGAUAAUAGGUAUCCCCUGGAAUUUGGCGCGAGGCCGCCUGUACUACCGGGGUGCGUUUAUUCCCCUGUCCAACUAGGUUUCACUUGAAUAGACGUUCAUCACACACGGGAGCACUCAUAAAAUUUGGGAUCGACGCCACAGACCGAAAUUAUGACCUCCGUAUGUGAAUGAAUCCUUCAUCGUCAUCGAAGGGAAUAAAUGCCUGACACUCAAAGAACAUCUCAACGCCGUUUCCUGGAAAUACAGUUUAUGAUGAAGGAGGCGAAAAGCGACGAGCUAAUUUUCUUUCCGGGACGUUUAUCACGUACUGGAGUGCUCGCCAAAUUUGGAGCUGCCUGGUUUUUGUUUUUCAUCGCGCUUACGCACGCACCGACUGACGUAAUUGCGCGGAUAACUAUAAACUCCAAGCGCCCAUUGAAGAUGCUGUAAUUCAGCAAGCUUGACCUCUGGUUCACUUCAGUGCUUCUCUACGCGCCGGUAUAACGUCCUUGCGUAAAUGCUUGUGUGGUUGAUUGGGUGGUUGCCAUUGAAGCUCAGUACUUGUGUCGUAUUAGUCGCUUGCCUGAACAGUUAGGUUUUUAGGCCACCCCCAGCCUUUACGGAAAAGGAGCAUGUCAAGUAAGAAUAGUUGGUUGUUUUUCUUCUUCAUCGUAAAUCGUAUGUCCGGAGAGACGCUGUUGAGAUGUUCUCUGAAUACUAGCACUUAAUCCCGUUCGACGACGAUAACGGUAUUGUCCGCAUGCCGAGCCCAGAAUUUUGCCUGUGGUGUCGGAAACCAGCCACUUCAACCGUUGUAGGAAGCGUCAGACCAAUAAAGUUCUUAUUUCAGCGACAACUUCUUCUGAACUACUUAUACUUUCAAGUUAUUUACUAAGUCAGGCUGUCAAAAUGGGUAAUUCAGGCGACCGAGCAAGGUUAGCCACGAAACAGUUGAACUGACGACAGUUGAAAUGAAGACGUCACGCUCUCUAAAUAAGUGAUUUCGUCAUAUUCCAAACACAGUUAAUAGUGGAAAUUCCGCACACCUCCUUUUCUGCUUUUUUUUUAUCAAUGCAGACGGUAUACCGAAGGUUUUAACUCAUUCGGGCGUCCCCAUCGGUCUGCUGGGGUUUCCUGUAUAUAUGUACUCCAAUAUUCAGUUCCAACCCUGAAGCUGACACAAAAAUUCGAGCAUAUUUGAUCACGUUCAGCGGAAUAACAGCGUAAUAUUCGUGUGUUAAUUGGCUGAUAAUAUACGUUCUACUAAGUCGUUCGGUCAUAAUCCCGACACAGAUACUAAGCGUUUGGUCGAAAUGAUACGGUCGCUGCCUAAGUACGCCUUGAUAUUAUGCGGUUAUUCCACCAAAACUGAUGGAAUCCAGUUCAAAACUCCAUGCCAACUUAGAGCUACCUGAAAAAGCCUUUUCUGGACGACCUUUAUACAAAUCUGUAAAUUUUAUGCGGAAAAACUUAGACUGUUAGUGACAUGUUGCGUAAUUGCAAAUACUCAAUUUGUGAGAAUCCUUCUGCUUACGCAAACAGGUGUAAAUAAUGCUUUCUUACAGUCCUCUUCGCCGAUAAGGCUAACAGCCCUGCUGCGUUGACUAGCCUGAAAUCGUGGUCUGAGCCCGCCGUUACUGCAACCCUACCUCAAUUUUAUCUUAUAUUUCACGCAUUUUCGGAGAUUUCAUCGACUGUUCACGCAUUUUACACUGUCGUCGAUUAUAUCCACACUCAGGAGUGCUGAUUAGUCCACCUUUUUUACCUAGCCAUUUGCAGUGGUGUUGGCUAUGUCUUCAAGAAACCAGACCGGAUUUAAUUCCUGUAGCGGUGGUCACUUAGCUGUCGGCGUUGAACCGUUGACCUGGAGGAAAAUCAUGCCACCAGUUGCGGUCAACGAAAUGAGGGCCUUCUCGAACAGACGGACGUGACCUCACAACCCAUCAUCUUUUCAGUUUUCUUCUAAAUGACCCAGAUACAGACAUAUUUUGUUUGUUGGUCAGUCUUUACCGGCCUGACAACUCGGUGCAGGCCGUUUGAUAUGCCAACCCGCCCGUCAGCCGGCGGCGGUGGCGACGGCCGUUCAAAGCGCUAUACAGUUAAUUGGGGUAACGUUCUUUAUCCAUUCGGUGGUUGUUUAAGUGGGAAAACACUGCAAAAUUACAAAGCCAAAAACGAUAUGACUGUGAUCCUCUUUGGUCGAAAAUGCGUUUACCAUUUUUCAUCAGAUUUUACCAGUGUGCUUCAAUCUUCCUCUUUACAAGCAAUUUCAUAGCGAAGAAGCUGCUUUAAAUCUCCAGUAAUUGCAUAAUCGGAAGGUUUUAAAUACUUGCAGGCAAAUAAACUUCUUGUCCCAGUGAUCGCAUCUUCAUCUUCUGUUUUAAAUACUGUCUGCUUCCGAUCCACUAGUUUAUUCGUGUUUAUAACAGCGCGUCUGCAAAUGACAUCUCGGUUUUGAUACUGCUAUUCUAUGCCUCAUGGGUUGAUUUUAAACGGUCUAUGCCGGGACAGAAUAUGGACGAGUUCGUGUUCGCAUGUAGUUCCAGUCUAGACCCCUCACAAACGACCGCUCAGUGGCGCGUAGUCAGUGAUUCGUUUUUUUAUGGAGGACAGAUUACUGAUGUCCACUAGCGUGUGACACUGACUAAUCGUGAACCCAGAAGACAGGAUGUAGUCUGUGACUCAAAACGCAGACCAGUGGACUGAAAUACCGGUUAACUGAUUCAAAUGCAACUUUCCGUUCGGCCCAAUAUUUCUCUUCGCAAGAUGAGCUUUCAUCUGUUGUUUUGUUCUUGCAAUUUUGAACAACAAAGCAGAUGGUUGAAUGUCAUUUCGAAGGGCCCACUCCGAUGCAGCUUAGGCGAGUAUAUUCUCUAGUCCUUAUGUCAAUACUUUGCAAAAAAAUGGAUAACAUGCGCCCCUGGUAUUAGAGUCGAAACUCAAACUCCAAAGGAAACAUGUUAAAAAUAUGGUUCAGAGGCCUUCAGAGAAGGGAUUGUCGAAAAUCUGCUCCUCACCUAUCCUCGGAUCUUUUUCACACGGCCAGAAAAAUGAUUCAGUACUUUGCAGAUAUGUCAUGGCUUUCGUCAUUUAUUUUCAAUGUAUUAGUAGGUGUCUAAUUUGCUGUCUUUGCAGGACAUCUUACGACGAUCUGCAGUCUUGGGCCGAGUCCUUCGACAACCUUAUGCGUUGCUUUACUACCCCGGACGGCAUGGGUAAGUUUGAGUCGAGACAAUACUGACUUCUAAACGUCUUUCCUCUGUUCCGUGUUUCUUUGUCCGCCUUUGAGUGGGCUCGUCCGCGUACGCUAAAUUCAGCCCGCUCGCUCGCGCGCGCACCCACGGACUGCCGUACACGGCAGUCGUCAAUGCCCACGAACAGUCAGCCCACCGUUCGUGGACCAAUCAUCUUUCAAAUGUUUCGUCGUGUCUGUAGGUGAGGCUUGGUUUCGGCGAUAACUGCGACGGCAGACAGCUGUGUCCACACUCGCCCACGCACUGCUCAUUGUCGUGUAUCUGUCUCCCUUCUAAUUCUUCGUUGUUCUCCUUGUCACGUCUUCAUUAGCCAAUCGCCACACUCAGACGAGGACUGAAUUGGCCCGGUAUUUUCGAUCGGCCAUACAGGACUGGACAACCUGCAACGGUUGAGGAAAUUGGUUUAGUAGAGAAGUUGACAACAUUAAUGGACUGUGUCGGUGGCAUUUUAGACGCCACUGUUUACUGUCGUAGAUACACUUGCGGACAAAGCAUGUGCCUUAAAAAAAUCGAAACUAUGCUCUGAAGGCAUGCGCCGGUAAUAGAAAGAAGUAAAGACAGCGUGCAAACCCCGUUUACUCAGGAGGGCGGAGCUUAACCUGAAGUCACAUUAAAUUUCGUUGGAGCGAAACUCGUAUGAUGCGUGAGUUACCGAAUUCAUGUCUCUCUGUGCUGGGAGGGACAUGUGAGAGCAGUGGCCUUCCUUCCACGUCGCAAACGCCAUAAACCCAGGUGGGCAACAUGACCACAUGAAUAACUGCCCUGAUAGGUGAUACUACUGACGGACGCGGUCGUCACGCGAUGAUCACGAUCGAAAAUGCCUAUGAGACCGGUCAGUUAUUGGACUCCACAGAGGGGCAGUCAGAUUCAACAAAUUCCAAGGCACCACGUGUUCACACCCUCACACCACCGAAACCGACAUUCCAAACGACUCUCCCUUACUGCCUGUAACUGGCCUUUGUGGUUAUGUCGCCAGCAUUUAUAGCCGUCGGCCGUGCAGUACAGAUAGAGCCUUCGGAAAAAAACUGCCACCCCAUGGAACAUAUACACAGUUGAAAAGGAAGAGGAGGGCGAUGGGAUAUGUUUAUUUCACAUCCGAAGUUUAUAGUGCCAUGUGCCGCCAUUCAUUAAUGAGAGAAUGACGAGCUCGUCGCGCGGUCAUUGUUGAAGAGCGACGGGGAUCACUGUCGUGCGAGUCCAUCUUUUGUCCGCAUGCCUCCGCGUAUCUCUCAGGUUCGCCACCUGACGCUGCUGGAUCCCGGGACGGUUCAUCAGUCAGGUGACCUUGUUUGCGGAAACCCAACUAGAAGGAUGUCUCCUAUGGCUCCUUGCGAGGUUGUCUUCAAGCAAGGUGCGAUCACAUGGUCACUACUCGGUUUUCGUAGUCAGUACUGUGUGUAGAUGUGUCAGCCUUAGCUUGGAAGGCCACCACCUGACGGGAUAACUCCAUCCUCCCUUCAGGACAGGGAGUCAGGCCGCAAUGGCCCCCUCUAAACGUGGCUUCUAUGGCACUCCUACUCAGACUGGAUCCGAGCCGAUACCUUGUUAUGUAGAAACCUGGUCCAUCGUGCGCGGACCAGGUUAUCUGCACCAUGUGUAGACGGACUCCUCAGCAUCGUCAGCCAUUACGACCGAUCCCGUCUCCGGUCAUUACUCUGUCUUGCUACGGGGCUCAGGCGGGUGAGGUAAGAGAGGGUGCGGCAGACGUUGUGUAAGUCUGAAUGAUGGCGAUUUGGGGGACUCCGUCCUAAUGUCACUCCAGCGCAUUCCUCACCAAUAUUAAAUCUGGCACACUUUGGAGUUCACACGAUGUGCGGAAAGUCGUGACUCGGAAGGCUGCCAACUGACAGGAUGACGGAGAGUCAGCUUGAAAUAGCUUCUUCUGGAUAUGGCGUCUACGGCACUCCCAUUCAGAGCAGAUACGAACUAAUCCCUUGUUUCUGUGAAAACCUGGUCCAUCGCGGACGGACCAGUUCGUGUGUGCGAAACACACAGACGGACAUUUUGACUUUGCCGGCCAUUGCCCAUUUUUGGUUGUUUUGAUAUUGGAACCUGAUUGGUACUGGAGGGUAGGGUGAUUUAAAUGCUGUGUAGGUCUGCCUUACGAUUAUUAAGUUCGCCCGUAAGUGAAAGGUGCCGCGCCCACUGCUUGGGCACACGAUAGACAUCAUCGUUCGCGACGGUCAAACAGUUGCUCUCGAGAGGACUGGAUGUCCUGCAUAUUAGCUGGGCGUCUGAUUGCCAAAUCUGCUGAAUUUGCUUAUUUUCGUCGGGUACCGAGCACAGUUGCGAUUUCCUCUACAGACUACGACAAGGAUAUUGUUGGGUCAUUGGUACUUCUCUGAUUCGGAAGUAAUCCGUCUAAUCAUCAUUUAUGCGGGGCAAGUCACUUUCUGCAACUGUUUCACAAUCCAGACAAAAUGCAGACUGAUUCUUACAUGGUUUUCCGGAUUUUUCUGUAGUGUUCUUAUCGAUAUUUUUCUCUGUUCAUUCUGUCGUUCUCGUGUGAUAGCUGGUGAUUGAUGAUUUCUAAACACCAACGCUGUUCAACUUGACGUUGUUUUUGUAAAAAUAUAUCGUGUGUGUGCGCCCUCCAAACCGGCCACGUAGCAGAUGCUUUGGGCCAAUACGGGGGCCAUAUCAGAUUCUUGCAGGCGUUAUCGGAUUGCCCACCAUAACAAAUGGCAACAUCUAGAGGUGCGGUGGCAGACCCGGUUGCCAGCAGACGUCGCGCACACUGGGACCCCUGCCGCCCUCCCCUAUUUUUGGAUGUAGCAUGCAUUUUUCCUAGUAAUUUUCGAUAGUCUUAUAAAUUAAAAUAUAUUUUACAGAAAACAUACAUAAAAAUAUGCUUUCUUUUGCUCAUUUGGAAGGAAAUCACAUUGUCUUCAUUUUUUAUGCCCGAAGAAAUUGUAUACUUUGGGUUUAAAAAGUUUCUAAUUAUAAGGUUUUUAAGACUGUGCUAUUUCCAUGCAUGCAAGACCGCACAUGUCCGUUUACUAAUGCUCCUCAUGAAAUAUGCAACACAGUCCGGAUCCAUUGCAAAAUGUCAUGAAAUCUAGGUGAUAUCUUCUUAAAGGCACGGAGGAAUAUGUGAUUUUCUUUACGCAAAAAGCAUGCACCUUGUAGACUGAAAUUGCUAAACGCUGAUGGAAUGACAGAUCAGGCUGAAAAUUAUUCGGGAAUUGGGAAACUUUUUAACACCUUAAUACACACUUUAUUCAGCCAUAAAAAAUGAAGACAAUGUGAUUUCCUACCAAAUGAGCAAAGAAAGCAUAUUUUUGUGCAUGUUUUCUAUAAAAUAUAUUUGAAUUUAUAAGAACAUCGAAAAUCAAUAGGAAAAAUGCAUGCUACAUAAGCAUUCAUUUUUUACCGAGUGUGGUUUCUGCAGGAGGUCAAAAAGAAAUGCAUUCAAAAGCCGAAAUCCUGCUGAGUCCGAAAUGUUAUAGGGUUAUGCUGCAUGAUAUAACAGCCCCACUUAAGUAAUCCUUCCUAAUCGGAAACGCAUUCCAGAAUUUUGGCUAAGAUUUCAUGAGAUUGGUCACUGUAUGUGUUGCAACGCAAAGAUAGUGUAUGUGUAUUUUGAUAUAAUCAAUCAAAAUUCUCAUAUUAUAAUCAAUUCUGCAAUUUGUUCCUGAAUGCUGUAAAUGAGGAACCUGCUCAGGUGUGAUUAAAGCACAAAAUUUAUAAACAAGUUCUGUGUCAAAGGUCGCAGCUGAAUUUACGCCGAGCAGAGUAGACGAAAUCCACUGAACCGUAAACAUAAACAUGAGUCAGCAGUAUGAGGAUCGGACUCCAGCCCGCAGUGAAAACUGCGCAGACUGACCGUGUCCGUUAUUCUUGAGAAAGAAUCUUUGCGGUUGAAUCUAGUCUGACAACCCAACUGCUUGCACUAAUGGCGUGAUUUUCAUAUGUCAGUUCAGGAGCAAAGACCGUAGGUAUUGUUGGACUCCGUUGUUAUGACGAAGAUAAUAAUUGCUUAUGAAGUUGAAAAACAUGCUAUCAAAGUUGGAAAAAUUUUUUAAGCAGAUUGCUGUUGUCGUUGCAACCGAUGUUUAUGGUAGGGUUAAAAUCGGAAGUAAUAUUAAUAAUUAUACAAGUAAAGUUAAUCUUUUAGGGGGCUUUCAACUUGAAUGUGCCAUAUUUCUUGCCCUAAAAAUCUCUCAGAAAUUUGAAGCAUUAUUUUCCGGGGAUAAAUUUGAACAGGACAGAGACGAAGUAUGCGGAAUUUAAUGAUGGCAUAAAAUUUUGAAGCCCAUCCUUGGGGCCUGAAUCCUUUAUAACAGAAGUCAAAAUAGAACCGAUAGAGAUUGCAACUCUUUCACCAAUUAGCGGACUUAACGCCGACGUCGUUUGCAUCGGCUAUCAGUAUAGAACAUCCCGGGUUACUCAGCAGUCACACCUGCCGGCUCUAAAUUAUCCACGCCAGGCUACUAAUAUUGUUGUUCUUAGACCUGACAAAGGGAGCAGGAUUGUGAUUCAAAGCGAGGCUGAUCAUUUAAGAUGGAGGUAGUGCUUAGCGACCUCAUUAGAUUUUCUGGCGGAACGAAUAAAUACACCGGAAGACCUUACUGGUAAAAAGGCGAAGUCGCCACUUCAGACCAGUAAACUAACAUGCUUACAGAGUAUAUGAGCUACCAAAAUCGCAUGAACCAGGAAUGUCGAUACGACAUAUUUGAUCAGUGGUGAAUUCUGCACUAAUAAGGAUACUCCAUCGCUCGUGGAUGAGUUGAAGGCGCAAAAUAUACCGAAUAAGCGCAUGAUAUCACUUGCCAUGUAGUACCUAUUCACAAACUCGCGAUUGGAUGACACCAUUGGCAGUUUGAGAGCACCCGUCUGAAAUGUGUUUGGGGCCAGGACAGCUACGACAACUACUACGAUCAUGCACUAAAAACGUACAGUUCUUGUUCAACCGGUAGCUGUACAGACGACGUAGCUAUGGGCAGUCCACGGGGACCGGUUCUAGCGGGCAUUUACCCAUUAAUUCUCUGGCGAUAAGUAACGCGGAACUUACAGCGAGCUUGCCGAUAUACGCAAACAGGCAAGUUCCGGGAAGUUGUUCAGAAGAAAAACAUGCCAUCACUGGAAUAAGAAGUUUAUUGGCCUGACGUUUCGGAUUCUCACUCGAACCCCUUCUUUGUGCCUCCACCAUCUUCAUCUGCAACCGUCACUGAUGAUGGGUUCGAGUGAGAAUCCGAGGCGCCAGGCCAAUAAUCUUCUUGUUCCAGUGAUUGCAUCUUCUUCUUACAGUGAGCUGCAGUUUAUAGAUUAUGUGUCAUAGUCAAUAACCCGACAGACGGGGAAUCAUUAGUCAAAGCCAUGAACAAGGCAAUUCGAAAUUCAAAUUUACGGUCGAACAUGGGAAGAGCGACACACAGCCUUACAUAUAAAUUCUUGUAAAAAGGCAGACGGACAGUUUUAUCCAAAGAACUCUUUAUCAAAAUACCACAUAAAAAGGACAAUACAUGCACUUUCUAAUUGUCAUUCCAAUUCGGACAAAAUGAAAUUUGAUUUUUGUCUGUGAAAUAGAGCCACUGGUAUCUUUUCCUCAGGUAUGAUGGAUAAUGAGAUUAGCAUAUUAAAGGACGUUCGCCCUGGAAACGGGUAUCUGUAGAAGUUCAUCGAUAGGUAUUGUCCACUAGGAAUUCCGGCGCCAAAAUACUCCGCGAGCAUCUACCUCCCUUUCAAAGGUGAUAAUGUGUCAAGCGUAAUAAAACGAUGGCCCCCACGCGCGACUGAACGCAAAUACGCCGCCUCAAAUUUGUUGUUCAUAAGCACUACGACGGCAGUCCCGGAUAGUCCAAUUAAAGGCUCGAACUGGCGACCUGUUAGUUAGAGUUAGUUAGUUAGUUCACAUGUGAUUUCGGAUGCAAAUAUACUAGUCACAUGGAAGGGCAGUCGGCAAUUGGGAGCGCAAAACAAGGUACCCAGGAGUUCAAGUACGAAACACCUGAUGUGCGCUGACCGUACGGUGGAUCCGAUGGCUGCAUUCAAAAUCCUACCGUUGGAGGCGACUGGCCGUCUCCAUCGUUUUUCAGAACUAUUUAGGCAGCUGAACCCCAUAAUCGCGCUCGGCGAGAUUUCAUUGCCGUCCGAACUAUCUUACCCAUACGACUUCCCUCCUCCCUCACAUCAUGUCCACUCGUAUGUCGGGUCAGCAUUACCUGUUUUUGCAUACCUAUCACUUCUGAUCCCCUAGACCUUUUCCUUUUGCUCAUUUUCUCUUACUAAUAUGCAAUGAUUCAUAUUGACCCAACAGUCAAAAACUCGGCGCCUCGGUGGGAUUCGAACCCACGCAGUAAGGCGAAGGAUUUAUUACAGCCAACGCUCUAACCACUUGAACUACGAGGCCCCGCUGGACGACGCAAAUUUAUUCACAUUUGGGUCAAGUUACCCGCCCAACCUUCUGCAACGUCUGGUAUUCACCAAAUCUGAUACAGUAAGUUGACAACCUAAGCAGGAUUUUCUAAGUACUUCACCCAGAAUCCACCAGCUGACUACCAGGCUCACGUGAUUCGUAGAUGUUUUUGACCCAACUCGAGGCCUCGUAGCUCAAUGUGUUGUUUGUUGUAGUAAAGCCUUCCCAUUUCCGUGUGAGUUCGCAUCCCAAUGAGGCGCCGAAUUUUUCACAGUUUAGUCAUUAUGGAUUAUUCAAAAUCUGCCAAAACAUCUAUGAAUUUCAUGAGCCUGAUGGUCAUCUGGUGGAUUCAAAUUGAAUUACUUAGGAAAUCCUGCUUGGACAGUCAACCUACUGUAUCAGAUUUUCUGGAUUCCAGGCGUUGCAGUAGGUUGGGCGGGUAACUUGACCCAAAUGUGAUUAAACUCGCGUCGGGCCUCGUAGCUCAAGUGGUUAGAGCGUUGGCUGUAAUAAAGCCUUCCCCUUACCGUGCGGGCUCGAAUCCCACCGAGACGCCGAGUUUUUCACAGUUGGGUCAAUAUGAAUUAUUCAAAAUCUGCCAACAGGUCUAUGAAUAAUAUGCAGGGGUCAUGGGCAGUCGAAUAAGAGAUUACAAAAUUUUAUGACGUCAUUAUAUUCUGCAUAUUACGCCGCCUUUGCUAGGUUCGUACCUGUCAAAGUUGAAAGAGCCAUCUACCUUCCCGGUGUCAGAUAGCAUCCUUUUUUUCUUUAAAGGGAAGUACUUUCUCCUUUAGCCGAAUAAAACUCCUGUAGGAUGCAGUUUCCCAGCCUAACAAUCUGUUUCAGUCAGGUAGAAGUGGUGGACUCCGUGGAGGCUGCUCAUUCAAGGGCAUUCGAUAACUGCACUGUCUUUCGCGGAAUUGACCAUUUUGCUUUUUACUACUUCGUUCUUAUAUAGUCGGCCAGCGUGCCUUCCGGGAUUUCCUCCGCUCCGAAUACAGCGAGGAGAACAUUUUAUUCUGGCUGGCCUGUGAAGACCUCAAACGGGAGACUUGUCCUGAACUAAUAGAGGAAAAGGCUCGGAUAAUCUACGAGAACUACAUUUCUAUUCUCUCUCCUAAAGAAGUGAGUUUCAGCACUCUUGGAAGUCCAUUUUGCAAAAACCGAAAAUGACCUUUAUUCCCUACAGAAGCUACAUGAACCUUUCCAGGCAUUUAGCUGUGACCGACGCAAAAUCCCUCAUUAUGAGUCUUUUCACCAUAUGUUAGGUCAACAGUUUUGUUAAAGUUCUCGGUGCCCCCAAAGUCUGUUACUGAAUGAGAGACUGGGUCUUGUUCUGAAUUCAUUGACCCUGCACACACGUCUUUCGACGAACUGUCGGCAUAAGACCAGGACAGUGACAGGUAUACUUAACUAACCUUUUUCGGCGCCGCAUGUGUGUGUCUAUUAGCUGUGCUGUAAGCAGGACUAUAAAUCACUCCAGUAAGCUUUCAAAGCAUGACCAGGCUGUGAUAAAUUCUCCCGUAAUAACCGAACGCGAAAAAAAACUAAUUUUUUCUUUGUGGCACGUCGUCGUGUAAAACUGGACUUAUAGAUUUAACUGGGCUGCUGAUUUCUGACGCCCUUUUUCGUUAUCCGCGAGAAGGGGUAGGGAGAGCCUAUCGUGUUGAUCUAACUACUUUCGCCUGUCAGCCCCGUGCCCAAGCAUGGACGAUGGUCGCCAGGGCUUCACGCAAACGCCCACGUCGACGCAGCUAGCUGUCACCUACAUGAGGCUGGUCACAGCCUCCUUUUCUCUGAUUGGCCUCCUCACUUGUCUGUCACCGUGUGCCCUAACGCGCUCGGAAGCGUGUAGGUGCGGUGUGCGUGUCUUCAUUCAGUGCUGGUUGGACGCACGCACGCACGCACGUAAACAUGCACAUGCGUCGGUCAUUCGCACAGGAGGCCGGACGGCUGGCUUUUGUCCGGCCUGCAGACACUGACAACAGCCUGGGGUCAAACAGGGAGCGCGCGGCCAACGUUCCUGACAGUCUCGAGGCAUUGGCACAAGGUCGAUUUUCAGAUCCUCACAGCGUCCAGUCCUCCGCACUAUGUUGAACUGCGUCGCCAUCUGCUUUCUUCAGGCGUCAUCCUCAUAUCCUAGUCCUGCCCCCAACACAGCACACCCUCUUGUCCAGGAAGCUGGGUGUUUUAGCUAAACACGCAAAGCGAUCGAGUAUCCCUCGCUUGACGGCUGAACUAGAAGUCCGGCUCAUAUGGCGACUGUUGACGGCGUUCUUGUCAACAGCUGGUUUGCCAUCAUGUGUCUACCUGGAGGAGAGCUCUUUAUGCCUCGUCUAAACGGCUAUCGUAGCUGGCCUCGUGCGGAAUGGUACCUGUAGUCCUGACUGCUUUUAGAGGCACAAACGUGAACUGAGUCUAAAUGCCACAAAAAUGCUGUUUCUGCGUUCUUUCGCGCCUCCCUAAACGGACAGAGGUAGGGCCUGAUUAAUGCUAGUUCUGUGCUAACGAGAAACUAGAUUUUUGUCAUGACUGCAAUUUUUAUCAUACCCAUGCUUGAAAUGCGUUUUCGGAAUAGCCGAAGGCCCAUGAAUUAGUGUUUUAUGUGUUUGCAGGUAGGACACGGUAAUAGGAGACCCACCGCAAUACAGUAAGCCUUUCUCUACAUCCAAAGGAGAUUAGGGUUAUUGUUGAGUUUAGGGUUAGGGUUAAGGUGCGGUCAGUGUGGCUGCCAGAAUCAGGACACAUAACCAGGUACCCCUCCUGACCGCCUGCACUACGGGGGUCGUAUUCCAUCGUACAACCGUUUGUAUAGUUAAUAUGCGACCCGAAGCGAACUAACAGUCGUCGCAACAACAACAUUUCAUUUUUGAAUAUUUCCUAACUAAUUAAUUGCCGAUACAAGCGAAGAUGCGAGUUCCAGGAACUAGUUGAUCAAGGGACGAAGCGGUCGCUGGAACAAGGUCUUUAUUCGCCUGACGUUUCGGGUUCUCACUUGAACCCAUCAUCAGAGACAGUGGCAGAAAAGGGUGCAACGUGCCGUAAGUCUAACCCAUAGUCCACCCAAAUGUCAUGAAUGUGCAGAAUCCAGCCGAGCAGCCCAUUCGGGCGUACUACUUUCCACAAACGCCACCAGCGCACACAAUCGUCCGAUGAAAAGUCCUUCAUUGGAUUUGCGAUAUGCAAAGCUUGGUUGGCAUUGGGAGGCUUACGUACGAUUUCUACUCAGGUGAGAGGAUUUUUCCGAUCGCAAAACCGGGGGAGACUCACAAACCGCCCCAACAGUCCCUCGUGUUACCGGCCAUAAUAAAAGUUCCGGAGGUGCUUCGUUGUCCAUAAAAUUACUGAGCGCAUGGGCUAAAUUUGCCACUGACCGGAUGAAAGUUUUUGAGAACAGCAUGGUACCAACUGGCGUUGCCUUAUCCGGUUGCCAAACUGCUGCCCUCCGUUCUUCAGCAAGAAUGUCAUUUGGCCGAAAAUCUCAUGGCAUUGCCGCUUCACCAAUUUGCUCACAGGAAUUAAUAUACUUGUUUCGUUCCUACUUGGGGCUGGAGGCAGUCACAUGACGAGAAGCCAUCAUUAACAGGAAUACGGACGAGAGCAAGGGGGGACAUAGAAUGUCCACUUCUGACCGGCGACGACUAAAACGUCAUAAAUGAUCGUCCCAGUCUUCCUCACCCUCUUUACCGCCAUUCCUUCCACACGAACUGCAGUUGGUAUUUCAAUUAUUCCGCCUGUGAGAGGGGAGAGAACGUUCAACGGAGUUGCAACUCUGGAAUGACUUCGCCGGUAAAUCGCUACCUGCUCCAUCGGAAUAGAAAGUACAGAAAAAAUAGGUAACGACGCAAUAUUCGGCCCCAUCCAGAAUGCGGGGGAUAGGUCAUCGUGUCUUACGCGACUGGUGGGAAUGGGGGUUAUAUGGGCGGGGCUAAUUGAUGGAAAAGAGAGCGGUGAAAAAGGAUGAAGUUUUUAAUAAAUGUUCUAAUUCCGUGAAUAGGUUCAUAUAGAUCCGUGCGGGACCUUGGGAGCGACCCGAAAAGUUUAAUGCUAACGAGAUGUAACAACAAAAAGCAAAGGAAGUUGAAUAUAGCGCCUGCACAAUAAGACGCCAAGUUCAGAGGUCAAGGCAGCGAAAUAGGCAGUGGAAACCCAAGGACGAAUGACGUUGGCCAAUCCCACAAGAGUUUAGUGUAAUCGUUGACCCAAAGGCACGACAUAAUGAUGUAGAAGAGCGGAACACAGGGAAACCGCCAAAAUGGCCAGCAAAAGUAAAUUAUGCCAAAUUAGCUUGUGUAACAACCGACAAAUUAGCGGAAUGUGGCAUUUAAGCGAAAAUUUACUUUAUCUUGGAAAAAGGCAGUUAGCCUACCCAAGUUAAACAGCACUUCCUUUUUAAAAGUCAGUAGGCAGUAACAAGUAAUAUGCAAGGCCGGGUCGCGUAUUGCGUCUUCUCCAAAAAUGUGUUGUGCCGUUAAAAGUUCAGCAUUGAAUUCAGAGAGAAGCGAUUCGGCAACUCUUGAAAUCUUGCAAUAGUUCCAUACCUGUGAAAGGAAGAGAUGUCACCAAGACUAUGAACACAAAACACCGGUUUUCUGCUCCGGAAACGCGGUAGAUGAAAUAUGUCAGACUUUGCCCUUUAUCUACUCUUAAACGGUCCUGCCGAACUUAAAGAGCUUUGAUGCGUACCAAAGUCAAACUCGCUGUGGCAACUCAGUGGUCGCCUUGUAAUAUCUCUCGAGGUAUGGAAUUUAAAAUGACAACUGCUACACGCCCGCUCGACGUCUUCGCGAUCUAGUUACUGAGGUCAAACAAUUUUAAAUGCCAGCUUUAUUCUUCUGGCAGAUUUAAAUAAUCCAGUUGACCCAGCUGUGGAUAACCCGGACGCCUCGGUGGGAUUCGAAUCCACGAAAACAAGGGCAAGGCCUGAGUACGGCUAACGUUUUUGCCACAUGAGCUACGAGACCCCAAGGGGAGUCCUGAGUUUAAUUACAUCUGAGUCAGGUUACCCGGACGGCCUACCGCAACAUGUGGAGUCCACCAGUUAUGAUACAGCAACCUGACUGUUCAAGCAGGAUUUUCUGAGAAAUCCAUUUAGAAUUCACCAGGUGGUUGGCAGGCUCGCAUGCUUAAUAAAUAUUUUUAGCGGAUUUGAAUACUUCACUUGACCCAUUUAUGAACAUCUGUCGACUGGGCCUCGUAGCUCGGGUAGCUAGGUCGUUGGCCGUACUCAAGCCUUAUGCUUGUUGUGGAUUCAAAUCCAACUGAGGCUUCCUUGCCUUUGUCAAAAAGCCUCUUUCGGGUACUGCUUGUGUAAACUGAAGGGUCUUACUACACAUGUGAGUAAUCCGCGCUCAUAUAGCACAAUCUUCUCGCCCAACCUCGAACGUCAACCACUGGCAUGCUGAUUGUGCGAAAACUCGCCUCGGGGAAUUGCAUUUCAGUUAUGCAACCUCCAUCAUUUGAUUUUCAGGAUUACGCCUCACUCUCAAGGUCUUUUGAACGUCUUCAUUCCUACUAAGAUGCUAUAAGUGGUCCAGCUUCCUUUCGAUUCACUUAAUUAAACAAGUUUUUCGUGAGACGUUCAACGGCCAACCGUGUGAGAUGCAUCCUCAAAAUUCUCUUACUUUAUUAGUACUUUUCACGUAGCAACCUUCUUCUGACAAGAACAGGUCGCCUAACAUCCUUGCCUUUUCAACAAGAGAAAGUAAAGGCAGCAUUCAAUUUAAAAGUCCCUACAUAUCAAUGUUAAGAAUGCCUAAACGCGGGACAGAAAGCUAGGAGAGUGAAUUUCAAAGGCCUAAGCACGAGAUUAAUUUGUCUAGGUUUUUUAAAGGUUGCGAGCAUCUCCCCUAUUGUCUGAUAAAUUAAUUUCUCCAUCAUGAUUCGCAAAAUUAACCCCUUCAGCUUUCUCACUCACUUCAGUUGGGAUCCGCUGGUCCGUAAAAGUGGUACUACUUGGGGUUCAUUACCAGGAUGUUAGUUGUGUUUAAACCGUCGGUCCUCCCUUUUCUGGCCUCAUUACAUGUUUUUCAAGGCUGUGCAACCGCGACCUUCAGUGUCUUGUCGUUUUGCCAUUCUCGCUUUCUAUAGGUCAGCUUGGACUCUCGAGUUCGCGACAUAAUCAACAACAACAUGACCGAGCCUACGCCACACACUUUCGAUGAGGCACAAGUACAAAUCUACACACUCAUGCAGCGAGACUCCUAUCCUCGAUUCCUGAACUCUCGAGUUUACAAAGACCUACUCGCCAUGGCAAAGUGCGAAAGUACAAAGCCCCCUUGCUGA